AUGGCACGGGUUGAAGAGGUAUUUAACGCUCUCUCCACAAGCAGCCGGAAAGAUCGUAAAGUAAGUGAUGAAACCUUUAAGACUAUAUUCCUACUAGAUUCGCCUGUCACAGGCUAUAAAUGUUCUGAAGCAUCCCGCAGUCCGAAGGUAUCUGGAUUUUCGCAGUGAGCAGAAAGGGUUGAACGCCGACGCUGCGUUCUUCACUUGGCGCUCUGUCUACGAGGUCACUGCCUACAUCCUGAGAGAGGAGAUCGCGCGGGUGAAAUGUCGCGGCAGCAAAGAUUUCGCUCCCUCCGACCUUUCUAGUGCAUCCGAACUGGCUGACUGUUGUCGUCUUUUGUCUCUGUUCGCAUCUUUUGGCCUGAGAAGUAACCACUUGUUAUUUGAUAUUAAGUCUGCGUUCUAUAGACAGCCUACCUUUUCAGGCGGAAGGAUUGGUGUCUCAAAUAACAGAUUUGCUUUCUGAUGCGAGCGUUUUUUCUAUAAAGCCUUCUCUUGUGAGUUGUCUUUCAAUUGCGAUCACGAACACUCCCGGUCUCGACGUUUUCGAUGCGACAACCUGUCUGCGUAAAUUGCGUCAAAAGUAUAUUUUUACCGUUUUCUAACUAAUUUAGGUCUGAUAAAUUGGUGCAUACAAGAUUUAUGUGCAGCGCCCUCAGGCGUUGUUGCAAUGCUCUUCUGCCAGGUCGUGAACGCAUGCACUUUUAUGCCAAACGUUCUCCAAAGGCAUUUAAUCCCACUUGCUGAUCGGUUCUUCUCUCGGUAAGCUCCCAUUCCAGUAAUUGUAUGGUGCAACUGUCUCUCCAAGCAUUUCUUGAAUUGAAGCCAACCUAGUCCUUUGCGUUUAUUUGAAUCUGCAUUGAGUCUAAAGGUCUCUAAGCGUCCUUAUAGCCCGAAGUGGGUUUAAACCAACCUGUAUAUUAACGUGUCUUAGGUCUGCCGGUAAAAGUAGUUUAUGACACGCGUUAGACAGAAACCCCACGUCACGCCAACCACCGCUCGCGAUCGACAUAAUCGGACAGACCAUCAGUCGUGAGAGGCCAAUACGGCUCGGAUCCAGAGCUUAAUUUCCUCACUGUAAACAACCAAACGUGCUUUUAACUAAUGGCGAUGCGUCAUCAGUUGCGGCAUGGAAGACUGUCAACUGAUAGGGCAACUCUAUACCCUUCAGGACUAAGCGUCAGGUUGUAAUGACCCCUUCCUUCUGUGACUUUUGAAGCGCUCGCUUAUAUGAGGCCCGGGACCUCCAUACUAAGGCCUACUUCUUGUGGACUUUGUCGUGAAGGACAUGACUUAACGAACUAUUUAGCCAUUUCAGUUUCGGCAGUCACGCCUAUCUCCAGAAUUCUUUCCUGGUCUUGCCCUUGGAAUACGGCAGGUAUGCCAAUAGUGUUUAGAUACUAUACGAAUUUUCACCCGCACCAUCUGUUCGGGAUAGUGACGGUUCUUGUCACUCGUGACGUGCAAACUAGCGUAUGGAUACUUCUUUCAUUAGUAGCGUGAUGGCGCAGUCUGUAGAAGUGUCAGUUGAUCCAAAGAAAUAGGACCACUCUUCGCCGAGUACAUCUACUGUUUCUCCAACGAUCCGGACGCUGCAGAGUGAGGAAGUUCGGGGGUUGACUGCUGACGAACAUCAUUCUGGUUGCAGUGCAGAAUACUGCACAAAAAUGUUAAUUUAUCCGGACGUUCAUUAGAAUUGUGGAAUCAGCUGCCCCGUGCCCAAAUAUAUAGGUCGUAUACCUUAAAGCACUUUUUGAACUUCGUGAGACAAAUUUUGGAUUAUCCUUUCUCUGGCUUCUGGAUGCUUGGUGUUUGCUGUUGUUGGAGAACCUCUAAACGUUAUCAAUGGAAAUUACUGCUUCUCACUCUGCCAUGUUUCUGCCCUGAGUGGUUUUUCUGCGAACUCAAUCUUAUCUUCCUCGGGUUAAACCCGCCUUCUGGCCGUCCAAGUGCACACAGCUUGUGAUGCAGUGUACGCUCCUACUACGUUCAGGGUUGGUUCCUUGGGCAAAAGCUGUUGGAAAUCGCCAUUUCGAUUUCAUCUGGCGUCAUUUUGUUUCGAUAUUGUAAAACUGACCGGCGUAUCGUGAUUCCUUAGCAGAUCAUCCACCUUGUAUGUAAGUCUUCCUUUUGUUCAUUGCGGGUGCCUCCAGGUAAGGAGUCAAACAACGACCUGGAAUGACAUCUCUUUUAUCAUCCCUCGUCCACAUUUAUUAUGAUUCACUGACUGCGUUUCUCACAUCUCCCAUCCCAGAUGUUGCGGGAAUCUCUUUGACCAGCAAGCACUCGGCUGGCUCCUGCGCCUCCUUCGAUGGUCGUUGGUGACAGUCUUCACUUCUCAGUCCUCACAGAAUGCGUUUAUUGACAUUUUCCUCAACCACCAUUCUGGUCUCCUCAAACUCUGGUCCAAAUUUCGCGAAGUUACCCCUCAGAGGUCAGCUUACGUCUCAUCCGCUGACCCAUCUCUCUUUUUAUCCGACGACUUUGUCAUAUGCGUGAGUUUUAUUCGAAAAUAAGUUUUUAUUCAAAAAAAGGUUAACACAGUACAGACACACAUAACUGUUUCCCGUCUAGGUGAAUGAAUUUCUUGGAGAUGCAUUUUCGAUCGACGAACUAUUUGCCUCCUCGCCAAUAGCCAAACGGCUUUUCUCUCAGAAGCUCACCUCCACGCCAAAACUUGACGUACAUGCUUUAAUGAAUAUCUUUAUGUCGGAUACGCCUCUGCUGUAUGAGGCGUCCUUUAGGCAAGGGGGCACUGGGACCCUCGCAAGUCCUUGCUUUCUUCACUCUGAUGCCUGCUUCUUGAUGGAUGAGAUUCCGACGCUCCUCCCCGUUGCAUCCACGCUCAUAAAGGGCCGUCUCCACGUUAAUGCCAUCGAAACCGGCCGGGAGUUACUAUGCCUUUGCCGUUGGAUUUUGAGCAUCUGUCUCCUUCGUUUUUCCUGCUCUGGUGUUCCUACCUCCGAGGAUGACGUCACCAUGGCACGAAUAUGCACAUUUGUUUCCACAAUAGUGCAGUUCUACGCUCUGGAAUACCGUCGUUUCGCGGAAAGAGUUAGUUUUUUGGCUGAGGAGUCUGUGCAGGCGCAGGUUCUCUCAAUGUGGGAUUUCUUCGGAACUUGUGCCGCUGCACUCUGUGUGGCCAGGAGCCCGCCUGUCAUUGAAUUCACUGAGGUGAGCAAGAUAUGUCCACUUCUAUUGAAUGGCAUAAAUCCCCCUGCAAAAUAAACGGUAUUUUGGUUAUUACUGCACGAACGGCGUUUCAGAACUUUUACUCCAGCAGACACGGUGCAGAGCGGUUUUAUAAUUUGUUGCCAGGAGGGACAUAGAAAAGGUAGUGUUAUCCAAAGACGGCAUCAGCUGCCGCUCUCCAGAACUCCCUCAAUUUUCCUAGGUCACUGCACUCAAUCAUCUGUCAUUUUAUCUACUCAGCCGCGGACUUUAGAUAUUAUUUUCACCUCUCCACUACGUCCGCAAUCUAUGUUUUUCGCCUUAUCUAGACCCGAGACCUUCUGGAGCCCUUGAAGAGCGGUCCCGACCCAACGACAGCCACUCCUGUGACUACGAACAGGUCGCAAGUGGACCAUGAAUCACUCAUUUUCACCACUGGCUCGUCACCGUACGUCGUCGCCGCCAACAUGAUAUCCAGGGAUGAAAAAACUGGCUGGCUGUGGUAAGUGCCCUUGCCCCUCAGUUUUUUAGCUCCUAUCGUACAAUGCAUGGAAUUAGAGGAAUAGUCAGCUGGCUCAAAUGGUCUCCACCCGUUUGAAGAAUAUCAUCACAUAGCUCUGCCUUUGUGGGCGAGGAAGUUAAGCGUACGUUUGUUAUUUGUCACUACCCUUGGUACCAUCGUCUGAAAUCCACCACAAUAUGCCGUAGGAUGUGCCAAAAAUGUCUCUUAAUCGACUGAGCGCCUUUGGAUUUUACACCGGCCAGGAGCAUCUAAGUCCAUGGCAGUAAAAGGCCAUCUGUGUGUGCGUCGACAUGCCUCAUUUUUGUCUGACGAGACGGUGGGCUGCGGAAUUACACUGAAUAAAGCAGUCUGGUAAGUUAGGUUUUAGAGUUCUGCCGCCGACCACACCUAACAAAACGUGGGAUUUAAUGGGGUGAACUGCAUAAAUGUCGGCUAAAAUGACCCUCUUAAACUUUCGUUUUUCUCCGAGCCUACAUUGUGCCAGUACUGUUAAGUCAGCACUGUUUUUCUCGUCGAGCUGUUGUAUGUUGCAAUCACCUCCACGUGCAUAUAUUCUAAGCGGUCCCGUACCUGCGACCCAGGGAAGUGGCCAACUAUGCAACUAAUCCCAACAGAUUUCGUCACUUUUUGAGCGGUAUUUGACUGCUGUACAUAUACUUCCUCGUUAAGUGGCUCCGUUAGGACGUUCGCCUGAGGUUAGCCUCAUUUUAUAAUUCAUGUACUUCCUCUUCUUGCUUGUGAAAUGCACCUGCUCGCUGCUGUUUUUAUAUCAUCGAAAGACCCUUCCCAUCUGCCGUUAGUACCUUGCUUAUGGUAAACUUUAUUACUAGAAAAAUUUCCUCGUCUGUAAAAUCCGGUUAUCCUACUCCUUGCACCACUUUACUUUGGGGCCGUUCUACUGGGCGGUUAUACUAAUAAGUAAGUAUCGCGAACUGUUGCCAGCAAAGAUAAUAAACACUGAAAUAGCCACUUCUGACUUACCAACCUAAGUCGGUUGGUAAUAUUUCAAGCCCGUCAAUUUUCGGGUACUUCGGCGUCCGGGGUUGGAUCAUCGCAGACCGAUAAUGGCCACCGAUCCAGAAGGAAUACUUUCAUUAUCGGCUAUCCUUGUCGGUGAUAUUUCCCGAUUCUUGAUGGCCAGUCGCAAUGCAGUCACCUACAUGGGCUUCAGGGCAUAACGGAAAUGCCCAUUUUGAUCUUCCAGUCAGUAUAGAUCGAUGAGCGCUACUCGCCCGCUUAAUUUGACCUGUCAUUGAAUUGACUUACCGGCCACAGAAUUGGGCGCGUUUGUCACUUCAGACCUAAAAGGGCGCACAAAGGCCGUGGCUCUCAAGAGACAGAGACGAAAUCCCUGGUCAGCCGCUGCGCCUGACCAAGAUACUAAAGUCUUCUUCGUGUGGAGUUUGUGACCAGCACGGGCGUGGCAUACUGACAGUUCGACCGUCGUGACAGACGAUGUUCACCAUGAGCGGGUGAGAGCAAACACGGUGAUUUGCGCGUGAUUUCUUUUGUAGUGGUAGUAAACUUGCGCUGCACCUACUGCGCUCGGCUCUUCCUCCACCUGUGCCCCGUGUCAAGACAUAGUCAUGAAGGUCGGAGGCAGGAGAGAGUGUCAGUGGCUAUCUAUUCUUUUCGACAAACAGGUUGCUGAUGUCAGCGGCGUUGUCGUCGAAUCAGUCUUGGUGCUGACAGUAUGCGUGGCCGAGAACACCCACGGCAUCCGAAUGGGCAGCGUCCCGAAGUUGGCACCAUUGAGUCUCCACGGGGGCGUUUUCAUGUUGAGCUUGUAGGUCUUCCAGGCGAUGGCUCAGUUGAUUUCUGAAAUGUAAACGGUGAGCUGGCAAAAAUAACAAAGCAGUAGUCAGCUCACCUGGUGGUCACUUACAUUGUGGCCUCCUGCGAGGUUGCAGACGAAGCCUCAUCUUGGAGAUAAGGAGACGGUAGUCCGUCCAGCCAUCGAGGUCACAGAUGGCCUUGGUCUCCAUCACGUCCUGUCGAUCGCGCUACCGGACGAGAACAUAGUCCAGCAGUUGCCAGCAAUGCGAUCGGGGAUGCAUCCAGGUGGCCUUCUUCCGCAUCGAAAGGCGAAAGAAGGUGUCGGUCAGCAGAAGACGGGGUUCAGCGCAGGUUCGCAGAACAAGGAGACCGUUGUCUUCCUAACCGCUGAUUCCGUGGAGACGUAGCAUGCCCCAUCAGGCAGCGCAGUCUGUCCCGACGCUCACAUUAAAGUCACCAAGGACAACCAGCUUGUCUGCCCUCGGUACAUACGCCUGAAGGGCGUGCAGGUCCUCGUAGAAUUUGUUUUUUGCAGCAUCUGGGCUGGUUAUCGGAGGAGCGUAAACGCUGACGAUAGUAGCGAAUUUGUCUCCCCGAAGAUGGCUGCUUCGACAUCUCAGACGGCUGCCGAACUCCACCACGGUCCACGUCUUUGUUUUGUGGUGUGGGGCCCGAGUUAGCCCGGACCGCCUGCGUGAUUGCAUGUCGCCCUCUCCGUAGGACUUUUUGAAGUGGACGGAGGGGGGGGGAUCGGAAAGCAGACGGAAUUACCAGGUGUCGGGACACAAACACAGGAUACUCUCACCCAGUUUAGCCCGCCGGUCGAGACAGUUACCGGAGUGUGGCCGCUAGGCAUAUUUUACCUUUGGGGAGCCACAUGUGAAUUGUGGGUGCCAGUUAAUAGACGCUAAGUAAGCGACUGAAGCGACCUGGUACGAUGUUCAUAUGGCCCCAAAACUGGACACCCCUAAACCCCUAGAGUAGUAGUAGUAGUAGUAGUAGUAGUAGUAGUAGUGGCGGUGGUAAUGAUACUACUACUAGUAGUAGUCCCUUCCAAGUAAGGCAGGUUUUACUGUGGUAUGUGAACAAUGAUAAUAAUUAUCCCUUUUUGCUCCCUCCAUCUUCAGGUGGCCGGUUUUUGACUGGAUCUGCCGACUUAAUUGGCAGUGUGCGUGCGCUUGUGGUUCGCCUUCCUCUGUUGACUCCCCGGCCAUGCUGCAUUCAGCCGCAGUCGUAGUAAAAUCUGUUCGCCAGUAAGUCACAACCCUACCUCAUUUCUCACAUUCAUGGCCAACCUUCUCAUUUUGACUAUUUGGCUUAAAUGUAAAUUUGCUAAUUUUAAAGACCAGCCUACGAAAAUACGUAGGGUUUUAAACAAUUUCUCAUCGGCCCUGUGCGAUAAAAUGAUGAAGUUGUGACUGAGUCGUCAUUAGACACACAGAAAUGUCGAACAGGGUGCGAAUAUGCGAGUCCCAGGUUCUUGUUACACCGGGACGGCACCUACACUAACAUGAACUCCCGGACUUGUAAAGGCGCCAAUCGUCGGAGACUGUGGAAGGUCCAUACACAAGCAGUUUUUAGUCUGACAACGCUGGGAGAGAAGAGGCAGACUGCCUAACCUGACUAAAUUAUCGUAUCAUUCAACGCGACCACACUAUUCACAUCCACCCCACCGGACCUAACACACGGUGUUCUGCGCAGGCGUCCUGAAGGAAACAACGAUAGCACAAAGAGAACUUCUAUAAGUCGAGCAUUUAGUGAGACUUCCUACACCUUUUUCACCUUCAAUGGCAGAGCACACGAGCACGUCAAAGUAACGCUGAUGUGUUCCCCGCUCUCCAGUCUAGCUGUUCGCUUUCAAGCCCUAUGAACCUACUUAUUGGCGCCGAUGCGUAUGUAGUACGCUCGCUAUAAUUAGGCGGCGCAGGCUAUCAGGCCUUAAUGAACUGCCUAACGGCAUUUUCCUCGGAAUUCAGUUCACGCGGGCGAGGAAGAGAAGGUCCGACGGCUGCCUUUUUGACGUUCUCGUCAGGCGCAGAUCUAACUAUAAGGUUGACACCGCUGUGUAUCGAAAGGCGAAUAACCAAACCCAACUACCCGGGGAUCGUGGCAGCCAACCAAUAAAGCACAAACGUGACUCUGUUAGGAGGCGUUUCCACAGAGCGAAACCGUACUACAGUGACCCAUGGGGAUGGAUGCAGACUGCGGCAUCUAUAGGACCAACGAACAAGGAAUGGCCACUGAGUCAACAUUAUAAGUUGUUGGAAAGAGUCAUCAGCACCAACACCAUUUACCGUAUUUAAAAAACUGUAUGAGGAGCAACACUACGCAACACCGCGGAGUUUGAAAUGAGUAUCACCCCUCGUCCGACAGCUGUCGUCCGUACCACGGUCAUGCAGAUAAAGGAAGAGGACCACCUGCAUACAGGGGAGCAGUCCGGUGUAGUUUGUCAAAUUACCUACCACAGCUGUCUUUGCCAUCAUACAGACCGGACAGCACGACCGCCCAGUUGAUAAACACGCGAAUGUAAACGAAUCGUUCGAAGAGGCGUCCUGCUGUCCCAAGUUGCUGCUCACAACCUGGAUAAAAUGCACUUCAAGCAACUAUUUAGGCUACCCAUAUUCUGAGACCGAAAGAUUCGGCAUACUAAGGAAAUGGAUGCACUAACAAGAGCUAGCGGAAUGAAGAUUACGACCAAAAGCACAGGUGAUAACACGUUCCUCUCAAUUAGGGCAUAAUCUCAACUUUAGAGCAGUCCAUUUGGUGACCAGAGGCUAAGAUCUCACAAUAUAACGCCCUCAAGAGUCGUGGUUUUCAAUCGAUCGCUGCGUCAGCCGCUACAUCAACCUGCCCACCGCGCCCAUUGUUUUUCGUCUUUACUUAACAAAAGCUCGCUGGUAGCCCACAUAAGCAAACUGACGAGUUCCAGGAAGCGGUUCAGAAGACGAAGACGCGAUCACUGGGACAAAAAUUUAUUGGCCUGACGUUUCGGAUUCUCAUUCGAACCCAUCAUCAGAGACAGUCGCAGAUAAGGGUAGUGGGGGCACGAGUGCAGUAUUUAUAGUACGUAGCUACCCUGGGACCGAAUGUGUACUAUAAUUAACAGCCCUUGCGAUCACCGCUAGGGGGCCGUAAUUGGUGCGAUGAUAGUUUGUCAGUCCGCGUCUGAGUCGUUGAUCUCCACUGCUCGAGUUAUGGUUCUGCGACCCGCAAUCCAUCAACAGACUCAAUGACCCCCUGCUACCACUUUUGGCGUUGAGAUUUUUCCCCGGCAAGGCAAUCAGUCCCGUGGAGAGGAGCGGGGACGAGGAACGAUCCUGGUGACAACGAGCCAAGUUGCCGAGUCAUCAUCACUCCAGCAUCGAACACGGAUGAUGAAAUCGGGCAGUUAACGACUCGGACGCGGAUUGACGAGCCAAUAUCGCAUCCAUUACGGUCCCCAAACGAUGAUCGCGAGGGCUGUUAAUCAUAGCACGCAUGUGGUCCCACGACCGUCCGCCAGCUCAUCGUCUCCAUUUUAUGCCUACUUGUACAGACUGAGUAGUUGGACUUUCUUUUUUUAGCCCACUCGCAGUCGAUUGCGCUAUUUCCGCUCUCGUCUCGGCGGUUUCCGCGGCAACCGCAUGCGUAAAGCGUUUUGGCCUUUCAACUUUCUCCGGAAACUCGGCAUCAGAUGUUGAAGCGAUUUGGAACAAAGCCGUUGAGUAGGUUCCUAUUCCUAUUCUGGUGUCUGUUAUGCCUUUUUUAAAUUUAGAUUCCUGGAAGAUCAAAAAGUGAGGCACAUAGUCACAUUUCCUUGUCCUUUUUGUUCGCACUACAGCCUGAGGUAUUUCAUAUUUCAAAAAAUUUUGAACGCUUCAAGUUAUCUUUAACCUUAUACUCCUUGCACAUCACAGGUGGCUGGAACAGCUAGCACGUGGCCACCCUACGCCUGCCGCCAGCGACUCUUCUAGCUCUGCAGGCACCUCUAGACGCGCACUCCUACAGGAUCGUCUUUUGUGUCAGCUCCUUUCCUGUCUUGUCGAACUGGACUCUUCAGUUGCGGAUGCGGUCGAAGGUACUUCAGUGCACUUUUAUAACCGCUACGAGCAUCAGUUUAUUCUAAAAGAUCAUCUGCAUUUAACUUGCUUCCCUGCUGUAGUGCUCUAAGUAGUGCUGCAGAGAGUAUUACAAUAUGCCCCUAUGGUUAGCUUCCUUAUUGUUAAAGAUCGCAGUCUGUUUGUUACUAAUGGUAGAGCGUAUGCAGUGCACUUCUGUUCCCCUAUGAGUUGAAGGGACAACGUUGCAUUAGAAAUAAUAUUUAUCAGCCUAACGUUUCACACUCCCUGCAAGAGUCCUUUUUCAUGGAUGCGUAUUCGGAAGUGGCCGACUGUGCACAAAGUUCAACUAUGGUAUUGACGAGCUGCCAAAUUUUCCCCCGCAUUGUGAUCUAAUAACCGGAAAGUCAAUACCAUACUGACCCAUCUAUUGUGAUUUGGCUACCGCCUAGCUGUUAUUAUUUAUGGAAAAUGCAUACUUUAAUUACUCAAAGCAGGCACACCUGCCGCACGGUUGAAUACGGCAUACUCUUUGGGUUGACUGGGCGGAUUUCCACUGCUAAGUUCCUCAUGAUCUUAUCUACGCCGGCAAUGCUUUCUUACAUCCUUAUCUCAGCGCCUGAGGCACACUCACAUCAAAGCCUAUGGGAUUUAUACAAUGGCUGUCCACUUUUUACGCACACACUGAAAUGGAAUUCACAUAGUUCUCAUUUUGAAUCACUGUGCCGGGAGACGUACUCCUCGAUAACUGCCCAUCCCCCUUUCCAAUGCGGCUUUCUGCAUCUAUCGCCGACCAACCUCUCUCGGACAGCGUGAAUACUGGUCAAGUCUGCAGACCCCACAUACUUGACUAGUCUUAUCUGCUUGUGACUGCUUAGCACACCUUUCUCGGUCGGCACUUCGACUGAAAGUUUUACCCAACCAGUAAACUGCCUGCUAACACUUCUGUGCAAUUCUUUAUUACUCUACAGAUGACUCGGUCCCCCCUAAUCGAACUGAUCUCAUACGAAGGUUAUGGCCACUGUUGCUCCGUACACCUGUUUUCCUGCCUCCGGGCUUUCCAGCUGUUCUGCCCUGGCGCUAUCGACUGGCCGUCCGCAUACAUCACCUUUGGCCCCGUGAUAGUCUGGCUGCUGUGGCCUCACUUCAUGUUCCCGCGCCUAAUUGGGAUACGUAUGUUUGCUGUCCGCCUCUGGUUCUCCUUCUUGACAAUCUCACGCAUUGCACAACAGCCACCUACCUCCUUGUACAGGCUGCGCUUUGUUGGAGUCUCCCAGUCCUCUUUUCGGAUCACUUUAUUAGCCCUCCAAAUAACGCCUUCCCGGUCUCACAGCCAAGGAAGGCUCCCUAUCCCCUCUUUGGACAGCGACACCUGCAUUCAGUAGUGCAAAGCAUCUGUUCGCGACUAAAUAGCUUUCAAACAGCCGGGCAAAGCCCCCAAGUUCUGCUUGCACGAACUCUGAAGCUCCACCUCGAGACUCUCUUCGCUCAUAUCCCACACAAUAACGACAAGGAAGUUGAAACUCUGCUAGCUAGCCUGGUAGAAGACAGAGCUUACGGUGCCGACGUGUGUCGUCCCCGACGCUGUAUCUCCUCCCGCCUACUGGCCCUCCUUGCCCGGGCUCCUAACGUGUGCAGUCGCCGUGCAUCUCAGGUGGAGGAAAUACUGAAAUUAUGUCUGGGUUACCCGACCCAGCAGAGGGCACAGCCGAUUGAGGCGUCGACCAGAGGAAAUCCAACGCAGACCUUUGCUGACCUAUUUGACACUGAGGAUCUUGAAAACUGUCCAUCGGCAUCUCAGGCCAGGGGAGUGACAAGCAUGCAGUUAGAAGAGGUGGAAGAUGACACUUCUGCCGUGCCCGAUUCUACCGAUUGCGAACCCUGUCUCUUUACUCAUCUCUUCUUCUCACCCAGUGAAACCGUCCUAAAUUCUUGUGGUACAGCUCUAAAGGUACUGGUAGAAACAAGGGUCCCCUGGCGACGUCAAGAAGACGUCUUUUGGUUUCUCAGCCUGCUUUGCGCCUUUUGCACUGCCUCUGAACUCGCUGCUUCUUCGGCGCCCUUACAGGACUGUCAUGGGCCGCCCCUUUUGGGGCUCUUCUGCGUCCUUCUGGACUCCCUGAGGGAAGCCAUCAAAUCUCAACUGCUGCUCAAACGCUGGUCCUUCUUCCUUGCAUUUGUGCGUUGCCUAGGCAUGUUUGGCUGCUCCUUGGCUGCAAUGGCUCAUCGUCUUUCACCCCUCUUGGGGCCCAUCUGGCAGCAGGUAGCUCUCCAAGUACUUCGCUUAACUGAGACCGCCUGGGCGGCUGGCGGCAACCAAUGGCCUCAGUUGACUCAAGGGGCCGCACCGCCCGCCUUGGUUCACGCAUUCUCGCUCACAGUGCGCGCCCUUAUUCAGGUAUUUUGUUGCUUUGAAAACCCAAUCAGCCAUUGUACAAUAUAUCUUUUUCCACAUAUUGGUAUCGCUGGACUCCGCCUUGCACUUCUUAAUUACCACGCGCAAAGUGCGCAUGAAGAUAGAAGGGGUCUGAGGAUUGGGGUUGCCGUUGUCCUGGGGAAAUUUGCUCUUAUCACUCUGGCCGCGUUGGUAGAUGCGCCGUUGGGCGGUUUCAUACUCUGACGCUGGACCGAUCAUGUUGCCUAAGCUACUUACGCAACUCUGUAGAGAGCCCUUCCUCGCCUUAUUCUCCUUCGCGUCUGCCGACCUUACUUUCAUCUUUUGAUUAGUUUCAGCUCGAACAAGCGCGCAGUCUGACAAUUCCGCUCUCAGUACUUGCAUGCCAUGUGUUACUUCGAACAGAGGGCGGAUUCGCCGGCGAUGUCAUCUCUCCCAGGCGCAGCCCUGGUUGGUGAUGGCGUCGAGCUGACCGACUGAAAGCGUAGUUGGACGUGAUGAAAGCUGUUCUUGGGUGCAUUUCUGGGAGUGCGAUUUUGGCACGUCAAUGGGCGCAACUUCACUGGGAGCCUGCAGCUGGCCGGUUGCAAUAGAAAGCGAUAACUCCUGACGCGGCCAACGUGAACACGGGGCUGACCGAAUCAGCUGUGUUAAGUGUCCUUACAAGAUCAACAGAAACUCAAGUCGGCACUGCACCCCAUGAUCGUGAUGGACAGACUAUCGUUGUAGUGCUGGCCAUAGGCGCCUGGUUGUUGACCGACAGUGAUAUCUACUUAUUAUUGCACUCCCUCUUGGUGUAACACACUUUCCUUUUCAUUGGCCAGCAGCAAUUGGACUGCCAGGCGUUGUCUUCAAAAUUUGGCCUCUCCCAGUCAACACCGUUCGGUUUAGGCAAGGAAGCCAGAUGUCAUAGAUUUGUAGGUCGACGUGCCGACUGAUUGGUUUUCCAUUUGUCAGUAACAAGGGCUUGCGCGACUGGCGAAAUAGAGAAUUCUAUCAAUACCACAAAUACCUUUGGAAUCUCCUGUGCUUUCAUCUUAAAAAGUUAGUGCUAAAAUUGGCUGCGUGGAGCUAUCAAGUGUGAACAAAUGUAUUUUUGUGGCGUCAAAGAAUUUCACUUUGGAACGUCUAAUUUUGCUUACUUAAGCCUAUCUGACAUUUAAUACUUCCAUAGCGGCUGACUGUCUUGCUCAUGCCUUACUUUAACCUCCCAUAGUUGCACUCGGCUGGGCUACUGACGGAGACGAAUGCCAAGGUACCUCUUCAGCUCUUCUUGAAGCAAGGGAACCCCCGGACUGUUUUGCAGAUGCACUUCAUGCUGCACAGGUGCGUUUUUUAUAGCAUAAUCGAGAAGGGUGGGUAGUCAACCAAGUGCAAAGGUUGCAUGACGUGUCCGUUCCAUCCUCGCCCCUUCUGCCGCACAGUUUCCAUUUGUGGCCUCACAGAUUUGCACUAGGCGCACCAGCUGCGGUCCGAUAACCGCCUGUGCUGCGAGAGCGGGCUUGAGAAACAGGAUUAGGGUUAGUUGGAGUUUCUCCAUCAUCGACAGCGUUGUCGUCGACCGCCAUCUUUGUUCAACAUAGUUAAGGUCGCUAACACAUAAACCAAAACCUUCCGUACUACCAGGAUGUACUUCGGCGCCUGCGGAAAAACCCGGUGUGUCACGCAGCUGUAUAGAAUUGCUUAUGGUCCACAAUCCUGGUGGGCACUGGAGGCAGCAUCAAAUAAGUGACUCUCCUCGCCUUUCACAUACACUGUGCUUCUUGCUCUGUUAUGGUGGCUGCGAAAAGAUCGUUUUUACUUCAAUGGUAUGCCACCAGAUGGCAUGAUCGAUCACAAAUGGACAAGACCAAGCUCGUAGGCCAUAUAAAGGGGGCAUAGGUCACGGUAGGUCUCCUACAGUCAUCCGCUGCCUUCGAAGAUCAGCACGAAGAAAACGUUGCCCCACUUUGUUGGUAUACCCUCUGUUUGCAAAGUUUGAACUAGAAGAUACUGUGAUCAGCCAGUGAUUACUUGUAGAACGCUUCUAGUUUACAACUGCAGGAUCUUCUGUUGCCCUUCACUUGCGCUUUUUCUUUGCGAAUCUUAUCCGCAGAUGCUCUCAGGUUAUUGGCCUAUCUGUUCCGUAUACAACGGUCGGCAGCCGUUCCGCCGUUCGCUCCUUUGAAUCGCUGACAUCACUGACGGCCGCUUUUGGUAAAACAUCUGAACUACUCGCGCGGUUUUUAAGAUUUACUCGGACGGAUCCGUCUCUUGACUAAAGAGUCAGUUUUGCCUACGUAUUCGAACCUUUCAUUCAGUUUUUCGUUUCACUAGCAAUAGAUGAUCGUUGGGAAUGAAGUGGGGGAGCACAGAAAUGUAGGUGCAGAUGCAACAGCUUUGUUUGGUUUAGUGGAAGGAGCCGGACUAGAAAGUGCUAGGCUUUUCGUUCCUCGUUCUUCACCAAGACGUUCAUACAUGCUUCGUACGCCAGGUAUUGGCAUAGCCAAACAUACCUGUACCCGUGCGACCCCCUUUUGUUUUUUUACUCAGCCUAUAAAACAUACGAGCCUGUUCGGCACGUCAGUAUAGCAACCGCUUUCGCAUCUCCCCUCACCUAAUAGUUGCGUAAGUAACAUUUUGUCACCUAGCCAACUGAAAGAAAACCCUUAAACAAAACUAAUCCGGCAGUUUUCUGACGAUCAGCAGUACUAUUUGUCCAUUUCAAAAGUGUACGAUAAUAUUCGCUGAUGCUUCAAGCCUUGGUUCCAGUUGAUCAUUUAGUCCAGGUAUGUCUCCCUUGCGGGAGAAAUAAAUGACCCAUUUUUCCAAGUAGAUUGCAGUUGCGGGAUUGUACUUGUCUAGUAGAAUGUAAGGGACACGUACGGAUUCAUAUAUAUUUACACACGCUAGUUGCCUGAACACUCAACCGAUCCCAAUAUCUGGGCUUGCGUUAUAUCAUACCUCGAAAGUGGGAUAUUCCUUUCGACCAGGACAGGGCCAUAACUGACGACCAAAGGAAUAGCAAAGUGCUGUCUCUCGAAGGCUAGAUCUUUAAACCGACACAGUCGUACCCUCAAUCUCAUCACCUGGCCUCCGCGACAAGCGUCAACGAAUGGUUGUGAUAGUUCGACCGUCGUUGCCGGCAAUGGCUACCGUGUGCUCCACAGCAAAGUGCAGCAGGCACGGUGACUUGUGCGUGAGUUAGUUUAUAGUGGUAGUAAGUUUGUACAGCAUCUACCACACUAUCCUACUCCGCACCUGAGCCCGGUGUCAGGAGAGUGUCAAGAAGACCGGAGGCGGAGGAAGGGGCAGGUGGAUGGCACGGCCGGGUCCGCGCCUAGGCGUACCACCACACCCCUUGGUCACACAGCACAUGAACAGGCUUUUAACCAAUAUCAUCAUCAUCAUCAUCAUCAUCAUCAUCAUCAUCAUCAUCAUCAUCAUCAUCAUCAUCAUCAUCAUCAUCAUCAUCAUCAUCAUCAAAAACAACAACGACAAAGACAGCUGUGGAGACAAGGGUGACUGGGCAGCUAUGCCCAUGACAUGUAUACCCAGCGGGACCGCAGUGCAUCUACCGGCAGGGAACUAGGUGCCAGAGAACCGCCCGCGCAUAUCAGACUGUGAGGGCCAGGGUUUGCUGAUCCUAGCAUAGCAGACACUUUCAGACCUUUAGGCCCAGAAGGGUAACAAGUGGCCAUGCGGUAGCCUGGCCGUCAGCAGAUUGUGAAUAUUACGCGGUUAUCCCCUGUGGCUGUGGCUUUGGCCACAAUGGGCCACGACUUUGUUUAGUGGGUGGACAACCCGAGUUAGCCUGCGUCGCCUACGCGAUCGCAGUCGCUCUCGUCGUAGAAUUUUUGAGUGGAGUGAGUGGUAGAUAGACGGGAAGCAGAGUUUUCCGCCCCUCUAAGCUGACUGGUUACUGAAAUAUAAAUGAUGAACAGACAAAUUCAACUGAGCGUUAUUUUGCCUACAACAAGGACAAACACAAACAAAUAGAAAGGGCAAGAACAAACGGAAUGCAAAGGCAACGAAGUAAAAUUUGACUUUCCCGGGGGGGGAGGGGGUUGAGGGGUCACUUAACUUGUUGCCUCCUGCUGGUUUGCAGACGAAGUUUCAUCUCGAAGGUGGCGAUGUGAUGAUCCGUGAGACUUUUGGCCAUGGAACAAGAGAAUAGAGUAGAGUAGAGAGAACGAGGGACAGAGGAGGGCGGAGAAUAGGUGCGAAGCAGUAGAAGGAGCCGGUCUUCCAUCCACUGGCUGAGUAGCUUGCUGAGGGCAUGUGGGUUUAAGACGGAGCCGGAAAUACCGAGACGGUGAUCCAUCCGGCCAGCGAUGACGGGUGUCAGUUAAUGAACGCAAGGCGUAGUCUAGACCUGAAAGCAAGUGAGCGACCUACUACGACCAUCACUUGGACCUACAACUGGAAACCCCCUAAACUCCAACUGUAAUAGAGCUCAUUAACAAACCACCUGUUUCUAAUCCCGAUCCUCUUCCCGAAGUGACCGUCCAGGAAAUACUUUUCUUUUAUGACUGAGUGAAAAUUGUCCGCGUUAUCUGUCUUUAGCAACACGUACGCAGGUUUCCGAAGCCACAGAUGUCAAAUAAUCAUGUUGCAUCGAGUGCGCUACCACCCAGCAGCCACUUAUCUUGGGCAAGCAGAAGAAACAGGGGAAGUGGCGCCAAGUGGCAGACCGUUUAUUAUUCUGACAUUCUACACCUUUAUUUGGCUGUAUCGUCGAUGAACGAACGACAGAGAAAAUACUGGCGUUUAAAUGGGCUUCUUUAUCUGACUUCUGCUUGACAUUCUCGGUCAACAUUAAUUUGCGCCUCCUCCAUGUCCAGAAAGUGGCCGAAUGUUCUAAAAGCCUGUUGGCGAUCGACUCUGUGAUUGCUCGAGCUGUUUGAUUUUCAGGGCUUUAGAGAGGAAUUUUUUCUCCAAAAACCGACAUUAAAAUCAAGCCCGGCGUCUUUCGGCUACCAACGUGAAUAAACCCAAGAAAUUGCAUAGCACGGGCACGAGGAAAUGUGAGCUCCGUAUCGCCGUCAAGAAAAUUAUUAACAUUCCGUUUUGUCACGAGGACCCUUAAGGUGGGCUCGUGUCCUCUGGAACCGCAGCAGAGAAUGUGACGAAGUGUUGAUAAGCUUUGUUGUUUUGACCUCAGGAAUAUCAUAGUUCUGAGUUUCGGCUGUCUUUUUUUAGCCUCACCAAACUCGUAUCCUGCGACCGAGCAGGUGUUGCCAUGGCGCACAGCCUGGUAAAUUUCCUUCACAACCUCGACUUCUGUGAGCUCUUCGUACUUCCGAGCGAUCCCAGUCCAAUUUCAGAUGGGCGGUUCCUCGGAACAAACUUCCUGGAACAGGUCAUUCUGCGUUUGGAGUUAGCAGACAUCCUGCUCCAGGUCGUGGUCCUUUCUGGGCAGCAUCAGGAGCGUGCUCAACUGGAGUGCCCUACCGAGGGGUCCCCCAAGUCCCUCCUGGACUGUAUUGAGGCAGAGGGGUUUGCCGACCGUGAUAGACGACUACUCUCGCAUUCGAACCCAUUGAUCUCCGCCGCUAUCAGCAUUUGCUCGCAGACAAUUCGUCUAUGUCACAUAGGAAGGGAAAAUUCCCUUAAAGUCCUGGUUCGGAAGGUUAGUUUUUCGUUAUAGUCGUGGUUGUAACCCGUCUAAAGGCCUAUUUGCAUUGCCUUCUCCCAUCGAGCAAGUGAAUCUGCUCUUUUGACUGGCAAUUCUUUCAUGCCAAGCGUCUCAACAUGCAAACUUUUGUAGAUUAUCAAAGCAGGUGGUUUAAUUUCUAUCGAAUAUCCCCAUUUCCCUACGAGUUUUAUCUUCCCUCUGGUGUUUUUCGGCGGCCUGCUUCCUGCACGGUCCUUCCAACUGUUUGCAUACGGUAAUUUGAUGUCACUAUUUGAAACAUUACUUCGUCUUUCAAACAUGUUUUCAGGUCUUUGAACUCCUGAGCAACCUGGACCAGUGCUCUAUUGACAACAGACAACUGCCUUCCAUAACCAGAAUUAUCUGGCCUCCUGGGCAUACAUUAAUUUACUGUGAUAGACUGGAAUACUCCUCAUCACUUGGAACAAAUAGUCUCGCAAUGAAUACAGCAUCUGCUUCUAACUUGGAUUGUUUGACUGAGUUAAAUAUAGACCUUUCGAAACGACCACGUGCCAAUCUUAGCCAGUUGCGAUGUAACGCUCGAUCCAUCCACGUCGAUAAUGUGCAAGUUAGCUGACACCCAUUCCUUGAUCAGGCCAUGCUUUUGGUGGCCUGAUCGUGUUCUGUGAGUAUCUGAAGGAUGCCGCCUAAGCCCAUCCACACAUUUUGCUUCAGUAUUUUGGAAGUGAUUUCCCCGAUUAGGUCACGAGCAUGCUCGGCCUGUUGCUUCUCGCAGGCAGUCGCACAGCGACCAAUGGUAUAUGCCGAAGGGGGUACCGGCGGUCAUGUCUGGCUUAUUAUCAUCUGACUCUAAAAUAUACUACUAUCUGCCUGUCAGCAGAUUGUGAAUAUUACGUGGUUAUCCCCUGUGGCUGUGGCUUUGGCCCAGAUAUUCGGUCUGCGCCUAUAGACCCUAGAAUAUACUGAUCUACUCCAAGUUCGCAGUUAAUUUCUGAGGAAAUUAAAGGCAACAAUAUUCGUCGUCUCAGUCAGCCUCACUUAGCCCAAUCUUAGGUCCCACAAACUCGGGGUUGAGUAAGACUGGCUGGCGACGGUUAAUACACCAUAAGCGGCCGGUCGGCCCUCGUCUUUGUCGGUCAGUCCUUCUAGAUAUUACUUAAAUUUUGCGUUCAUGUGUUUUGCUGCCGUUUGAUGAUAUAUCUCCUUCGUAAAACAAAUUUCCAACCAACCACCCCGCCUACCAUUAAGAUACGCCAGUUUUCCCCACACCUUUGACAGUGCAAUGUUCACAUGAUUGGGGGAUUUCGUUUUCAUUGUGACAGGAAGGCCCUCAGGUAUGAAGUUGUGGUUAAGACUUCAGAGUCUCCACCUUGACCGACGACGGUUAGAUUUCAAAAGAAAAGUCUCAUUCUAGGUCAUCCAAGCGAUUGUGCUUCCAUUCCAUGUUUGUUGGUUUUUAAAUAGCGCUUGCCUUGCUUACUGUUUUCUUUCCCACGAUCACUUUUUUCUAUAUCCCGUUGGGUUUCCAAUAGUUGGUUCCUUUAUUGCCAUUUGGCUGGUAACCCCAAUCGUUCUUCGCUUCACGAGUGUUUUUCUGUCAGUUUGCAAGUGAGACCACUGCAUCGGAACAUUAACCGUCUGUUCAUACAUGUGGAAACUCACGUCUUUCAGUCUGGACUCAACGGUGUAGAGUUGAGCUUGUCAUCGUGCUCAACAGGACUGUAUUAGUCCUCAUGCCACAGGUCUUCAGUCGCUUAGAGAGCCAAUUAUGUACUGGUUAACGGGGACGUUGUGGUAUGUCUCUUGUAAUAUCGAGGGGAAGUCAUUGCGCUUGUUGAUAGACUACAGGUCGUAGAUGUCUUAGCUUCGUUUUUGAAAGCUAUGGUUGUAUUAUGAACUUUCGCACGAAAACACAGUAAACUGUUAUUAUUCUGGUCCAAUGUACACCUGCCUUUCAACUAUGUCGGAUUUUCCGCCUGAGCACAUGUAUCCUGUAAAUGUCCUUCACACAUCGUACUUCACAGCCAUUUUGUUUCCUUUUCAAUACACAGUUGUCCCCUAUCACACGUAGAGUUUAGUUAUUGCGCGUUAUCAGAAAAUUAGACUGGUUCUUGUCAACAUGUUCCCCCUAUACUGGCUAUGCAGUCAUUACCUACGCCCAUUACCUCCAUACGGCGAACUCGUCAAAUCGAAUCUCAGUUUUGAAUCGUUCACAUUAUUUCUCUUUCCGCACAGAUUCUUCUUUGUCGGUUGGCCGGCGAUAAUCUAAGUUACUUUGAAACCUUCCUGCGCCCACUUCUACUGCCAAUGAUUAUGAGGCACCUUUCUGACAACUUUGCUCAAAUAUGCAAAGCUCAACCUUCUUUUGACGACUCCUGCAUCAUCUGGGGAUUUAAAGACUUUGAGGACUACCAGAGGUUAGUCAUUUGCUGUGCGUUACUCAACAUACAACGCACUGUUGUCUGCGAAUUGCAGUCGCCAGACUCCUUUUAACUCCCGCGCUUUCAGAAAUCAUAAAUUGACCUUUGAGGCCUUCGUACUUAUUGACCAACCGUCUAACUUCCCAGCGAAGGGUGAACCAGCCUCUUCCUGGCAAGUGGCUGUUCGCAUUCUCUUCAACGACGGCGCCGCUGAGACUGUAAAAUACAUUCAGGUACGCCUUUUAUUUUGUCAAAACGUCGUCUAUCCCCUGUUCUCUUCUAGCAGUUUGCAAAGAUAUUAUCGACAGCUGUGUCUAUCGCCGAAGUUGCCACUCACAUGGCAACUAUUAUCCUUCUUCAUUCACCAAUCCUUCAUCCACCCGUUGUUCGUAACGCCAACGGUACUUCUCACACGCUUGCCCACCUUCUUAUUGAGCUCUUUGGACUUCUGUUUAUCCCUCGUUCACCGGAGGAAGACCAAAUUGUUCUCCAGCACGGCUCAAAAGGAGAAAAACGGACCUUCCAGCAUUUUCAUAGGGAUGUUGCUGCCUUUUUCAGGAAUGCACCAAGCUUUGAUUUUGAGUUUCAACGGGUACGUCCUGGUAUUGCCAACUUUAUAUCUUCACAACGUACCUUUCUCCCUAAUUUGAAUCGUUUCAUUGACUUUAUUUAUCUGUUCCAGAGCAAUCUUUACCCUGCGACUCAUUCACCAGUGGGGCAUGUGACCUCAGUGCUAUGCUGUUGGUAUGGGCAACGCUCAUGAUCAAAGUCACUUUUUAGCCACCUUUGCGACUCCUUUAGGACUUCUUCAGAGGGAGCCGUUUUAUCAGAUACCUAAAAACUUUCUUCUUUCGAAGACAUUAUUUAACGGUACGGUCUUGACUGCUUGCCGGGUGUCAUUAUUUGCGUUACCUUGAGAAGUGGGUGGUUUACAAGGAUCGCUAAUAGACAAUAGACCGCUCGGAAUUCCGAACCUUCCACCACUUAACAUUCACGCUGUCCUAAGCCGGUCUCGCAGUCGUUCACCCCCGACUACAGGAGGCUACCUGCUGGCCGCAAUGCCUGCAUUCUUAUGGGAUGCCCUAGAAGACCAGUGUGUAUACAUUAAUCGCCCAUUACUCUAACUACUCAAUGCACUGUAAUAACUGAAACCUUUUGCUACUGUGGAUGAUUAAGUAGCCAUGGAGGAACACAUGGUGAAACUUAUCUAGAAUGUGAAUUCGCACAAGCAUACACGCAGACUUGAACUUAUCGUCUGCAUCUUUAAUCCCUGAAUGAGGAUAUGUGCAGUUGAAACCAGCGAAAGGUCAUCGCCUUGUGCUGAGCUGCUUGCCUUCCAGUGAAUUUUUUGUGCGAAUAGUAGUUAAUUCGUCGCAAACGGUGAAAAUCACCGCUUUCCCGGGAACAGAGUUUGGACAUUGCGCGCGAACUUUUUAAUAGUGAAGCAGACCUCCAAACUACUGCCCUCAUCCUCACUUCUAAAACCCAUUAUAUCCCAACGAAAUUACCGAAUGAAGAGAUGGGUUCAAGCGUAGUGGCCGCCGAGACGGAAUCCACGCCCACUCAUAUCAUGCACAUGCUGGCUCCUGUAUGGAAAUAACCAGACUGCAUAGAGGGUUCCAGAGCACUCAAUGGACAGAAUAGUAAUGACGGCUAAAUUGCAAAUGUGAUAGAAAAUUCUCGGUUUUGCCCUUGGGGUGACUGCCUCAUCAUUGAUUCCUACAGUCUGAGCUUUUCAUGCAAAGAAAUUGCCAUGUGUGUAAAAGUAGUUCUCUCACAAAUUCUCCUGCUCUCGGGCUGCGUAAGGAUGUGACAAACGGACUCCUAGAAGUUGCCAACAAGUUCCUCGACUUGCCUACUGCCUCCUUUGCCUUCUCGACUCCCUAUUUGGACGUCUUCACUGGCGAAAGAGCUCGCAUCUGCAUAUGGCUGGGCAUUAUGCGCUUUCUCGUCCACUUCCUGUACGCCGCACCCUCUGCUGAUCCCAAGCGGAUCGCGCGACUGCGCGACGCCUUUGCCAGUCGCCUAGUGCUGAGCUUCCUCGACUUGCUUGAGGCCCAGAUGCUUGUGUGAGUGUUUGCCCUUUUAUUUCUCGCUUAACUUGCCACCCUCUGUCGCGCCGUAAUCAACAAAGGUUUUUAGAAUAUCCAAAACAAAGUUCCCACAUUGUCUAGUUAUUUCUCUGUUGACUGAACUUUCUUACUCUUUGCCGCGCAUUACUGUGGAUUUUCUUCCUUUACCUGGUCUUAGUAAGCGUUUUCGUGGUCUAAUGCAGUAAAAGUGCCUUGGUCUUUUAAGUUUCUGGUUGUCUACCACUCCUCGAUGAUUCAUUCUUUUUGUGUCAUUACUGGAGAACUAGCUUGAUUAUAUACACCACGCGCAGUAUUUUGAGGACCUUAUUUGAGCAUGUGGUUUUCAGGAAAAUCGGGAGGAGUGAACAGUCUACGGAACAAAGUUGGACUUCGUCGUUAGAUGACUGUCUCGACACCUUCACCCAUGACUUUACUUAAUCCUUGGUCUUCGCAUUUUUUCUUAUUUCUAGUGAGGACUGUAGGUCACUGGCCCUCUUGAUUAUAUCUCUAUCGGAAAUUCUGACCCGCAUUGCUGAAGAACCGUCCAAGAAUAAAGAGGUGGGUCUUAUUUCCCUACCAACCGUUCCCGACUUAAAGUAGUUUGACGGUUCGGUGGUUCCUCAUGGCUGUACCUUAUGUGUGCCUUCAAUUAAGUGAGUGAGUGAGCGAGGAGAGAGAGAGAGAGAGAAAGAGAAAGAGACCGCGCCUCUAUUUUCAGACCUAAGCACAAUAAUCCAACACCAACGAAAGCUGCGAAAUUGCUCAAUUGAUCAGUUAUCGCGAAAACCCGUUUCUUAGAGAUUGUAUUCAGUUGACGCCGUUAUUAAUUAGCACCACUAAACAAAAAAGAAAAUUUGCUAUUAUUUGGCUAGUCAUCAGUUGCUUACGGUAAAUUAAACAGUGUCUACGGUAAGGAGAUAUAAAACCAGGUAUUUGCUUGAUUUCUGAAUCUCGGAGGUUUAUCUGAUAGCGAGAAUGUUGAUUUAUUGGUUUUGUACGCGACACUGAAGGCCCUGCUCCUCAACCACUUACUGUGGAAGCAACUCGAACCACCGACCCCUGUUUUGCAUUUCUAGGCUUUGAGCUCUUUUAGCGUCCACGUAGCCUCAGAGUGAAACAUCUUACUGACUUUAUUGGAGAAGGUCAACUGUUUGGUUAAAUUUGUUCGGGAUGUUUCCUAACUGGAAUCCGAUUCCAAUCCGUGUCUUGAGGAUGUUUUUCGAAGACAAAAAUGAUGUUUCUAGGCUGAGUUUGGUUUGAAUGUGGGUUUCAAAAGUCCUCACUUGUAUUCCCUUGUGCCAAAUAGGAGGAGGUGAAAAUUAUAGGAUGAGUGUAUUGUAAAACCUGAUUCUCUUUGAUCUCAGCUGUGGUAACAACAGGUGUUAGAUGCUUACUGUCAGAUUGUGAUGAGUUGACCCAGUUUAAUUGUCAGGUUAUGUUGGUUAAGCAUAUCCGGUGAAAUAGGAUUAUUCAAAACGUUCCGGCUAUUGCAUUUUUGUGAAUGGAGGCAAGUGUCGGACACCUCGUCCGUAAUACUCGACGACAAUCGCCGUUGUCUAGUUAGGUAGAGGUGGCCCGCGUGUGAUUUAAACUGCAGUGGGGGUGCUUACGGUGUCUGGAUCUCUAUCUUCCACAACAUCCAUCGCGUUCUUAUGACAGGGCAUUGCCAAAACGACUGCGUGUUCGGUGGACAUAGUCGGCAACGAGGGUCGAACUGUCCAUGAGCGUAUUGGCCGACCUAGGGUAAUGCCCGUCGAUGCCUUCCUCACACAUAAUGAUCCCUUUAAUCACAGUAACAGGCUUCCAUUAACUUGAGUGUCGCCUCGCAAGAAGUAGCCUUUGCAGUCCAAAUGACUGAAUUAUUCCACCCAAAGACACGACAACUAAGACGCCAAAAUUGCUCCAAAGCGAGUCAGAUGCGUUGUAGCCAGGAAAGAUCGCGCAGGAUCUACUCAGGAUAGAGAGUUUUCGGAGCUUCACAAAAGACCUGGCAUUCAGAAGUCAUCAAUUACUUGCCGAGCAGGCCUCACCCACAUCGGGCGCUUCGCAGCUCCCCUCAGUAACGAACUUGAUGUAAAUGCAUUGUGUCUGGCACUUUUUCAGUCUUCUAUAGUCGUCUCUCUCAAGAAUCCGAAAAUUCAGUUGAUACUUUACGCUACCAUAAGAAUGCAACUUGCCGCAAUAUAGCAGGCGCUGCACUGACUGACUGUUCGCAGAGUUGAUUCCUCACUGACGAUAUUGUUAACUCGAGACUCUCACUCGUGAGCUAAGGGAAUUCGAACUAGUGCUCACUUUAUUUGAGGAUUUGGCUACGUGAAUUUGAAAAUUUCUAGUUAGUCUCGUUCUUCUCACCGAUGGUCUACAGGAAGCCUGUGCUUUUGUCGUCUAGGGAACAGAUCGAAUUCUACUCUGGGAACCUUAGAUUUAGUUCUGAUGUUUUUGUUGUUUUGUAGAUCGAGUGCCAGUGGCACAAUUGCUCAGUCUACCUACUUGUCGAGCUGCGUUGCCGCGUUGGCGAUAAGUCAAGCGGCUACUGGGGACUCAUACACACGAAGGUGGGUUUUGCUCAUUUUACUUAUAACUUAAAUGCCGAGUUAAUACCACCCUUUCUGGUCAAAUUGCAUCAGCGGCGCCCUUAGUCGUCCAUUAGACCAUCAUUAUUAGCGUUGCGUAGACAAUAAAUUCUCGGUUAUUUUCUUGUCUUCUGUCUCAAAGAGAGACCAACAUUUUUGACUACGCCCUGUAGCUUUUUCGGACAUCAUUGUUAUUGCGAAUUCCUUUAUACCCAACGGUAGUUUGUCCGUCUCGAACUACAGAAACGCAACAGACUUCCGCCGGGACUUUCCCUUAUGCAGCACCCACACCACCCACUGUUCGCAAACUCACAAAGUUCCAAUGUCGGUAAAUAUACGUACUCCUUAGUUGCCAGACAAACAGCCCGUCUACGCCCACCAAACACGACCUAAUCUCCAAAUCCAUACGUGAUAAGCCUCGACAGACGAGUCUCAAAUCUCGUAUAAACGAGGGUGCAGUAAAGAGUUCAGUUCAGUUCAGUUCAGUUUAUUGAGGGAAAUAGGCGUAAGCCUUUGAGUACCCUAUUUACAACGUAAAAAAUGUGUGGUGUACAUGCUGACUUUCAGUAUUAAAUUGGAUCGACUUAUUACGGCAAAGAGGAAUCUCCGAAUCUGCGACCGUCACCGCAUUGAUUUUUUCACAAUAUGGAAACUACUUGCCGACUCCUGGUCAGGUUUAAUUUUUAUGCGCUGAUCACCGGUAUAGGUCAAGCCAAGUAGAACGGUUUGUGGCGUAGUGGAUAGCAUGACGUAAAUCCUUUGUCUGGAAUGUGUUCCACUCUAGCUUGGGUCUCGCAUACAGCGAAAUCUUCUUAGCGUUCGUUACUAAUUUGGUACUUUCGUGGAUGCGUUCUCAUUAAUUUCAGAUUAGUUAAUCAUUGUUCGUUAAUUUCCGCAUAUUUCAUGGGUUAGAUAACCAAAUGUGUGUGAUUUGCCACAGAGGCUGCCUUGGGGAGCCCUCGCAGUCUGUUCCAUUCCAGGGGAGGGUCGACCCAUCCCGUCAACCGGCAAUUCUGCAAGCGACGUCACUUCUUCCACAAUGAUUGUUUUUGAGUGUAUAACGUUUAUUAUAUUGAACGAUGCAGUGACCUACUACGAAAGAGUAUCCCUCAGAAUCGGUUUCGCCUUCCCGUACCCUUCCUACUAACCAGUGACCUACCCGGACUUGGCGGUCGAUUGAUGAUGAGGUUGGGCUCGGAAACUGCUACUGCUUAGAGCCCCGUUUAAUGCGUGCCACCGGUGCCCACAACUGCACACGCAUGAUGGUCGCCCGUCAUUACCGGUGUCAGCAAACCUGACAGUGGAAUUAGCGCAUGAGCGAUGGGUGAGGUUUUAACAUGUGCGCAUAUGAUUGAAUAGGUUAAUUCAAUGGCUAAAUAUGCAAGUGAGAAGGGCGGACUUGAGAGAUGUUUACUGAAACUCCUAACACUGAUUUAUUUUAGCCCUAAUGAGACAAAUUCGCAGAUACUCGACUAAAACUAUUUGUGAUUAGGAUGUGCACUCACAGUUGAGACCCUGCUGAUGGUUGUCCGCUGUGUUCUGGUGUUUUGUGUCCGACCAGGAAGAGCCGUGACUGGCAUAUAGUUUUAACGUGAUGGCAGGUGGGGGUGGUUUGGCCCUUCGGACUUGGGGCGAAUCUGAGGGUCUCCAAGAAGGCCCAUCAAGACCUUAGCCUAUGGGGUGGGUGAUGGAGUUAGGUCUUGGUGGUUUUGUGCGUGACAUUGUAGUUUUUCAUGCUUGCCUCUUUGCCGAUUGUGAAGAAGCGGUUCCUAGGUCUCCUGGUCAAUUCGGUGGCACUUGAGCGAGGAGUUUGCAGUACCAUUAUUUGUAUCCGAUAAACAAAUUCUCUAUUAGUAACCUUUUUUUGCUGAGCAUGACGAUUACACGUGACACUGACUUGUACGCAGUGUUGCUGAGGCCUUUCUGCAUUUUAUUCCAAACUACAGAUGGAGAAAGUUAAAUUCACCAAUAUUCAGCAUUAAAAUUGAGCGUACGCAUCUUUUGCCUAGUCGUGACCGAAGUGUCAGUGUAUGUGUUAUUUGUACUUCGUCUUUAAGGAUUUUGUACGUAUGCUAUGCCACGCUUCAGCAAACCAUGGCGCUCGCAGCCUGGUGUGUGCUCCGACAGUUCUCGGGCACCUGAUUCUCUGGCGGUGACAGCGUUCGCGCUCUCGUUGGGUAUAAAGACCGUGGGCACGGUAGCCCACGGUCUCCUUCCCUUUCGGACGCUUGGAGGGCUGCCAAUUGACGGGGUAACUUGGGCCUCGCAGUCGGCCCGUAUAUGGGAAGUGGCGGACUGGUGGUCUGAGAGUCAAACUGCAAUAGCUCCAUCAUAAUGUGGCCACCAUGGCUUUCCGUAAUCUUUGAGCCGCUCUCGAGGUCCCGCGUGAUGGUACUAGCCGAAUGUGCGUGUCUUUUGCGGUCAUUACAAUCUUUGUUUCCUGCUUCUUCUUCCCUGUGCAGAUUACCGAGUCCCUUGACACCCUCUUUCUAUCCGGAGAGGGUUCUCGUUUUGCCCACUGCAUCUGUCGUCUCGAUGACCUACCUGAAAACUCCGACUUUGCGAAGUAUCGUGCUGCCAUUGAAAAGGCUUGCACCUGUGCGCGAACCUCACUAUCUGGUGUAAGUUGUUUUUCUUAUGGCCCGACUUUCCAGGCCUUGGUGAUGCAGUGUUGAGCAAAUCCUUUGGUAGCCAUCUGUAGCCUAAUUCACACGAUGAUGUGUCGGAGCUAUAUUUCCCACCUUUUAGGUACUCCAGCCUAUUCUGAUCUAAGCUUGAAAACACUUAUUUUUUAGUCGUAAGCGUUUCGGUUGAUCAUUAGGGACUAGAGCAGGCUAUCAGACAUGGAAGAGUAAUCUUUCAAGUUAUGCGGCCUCGCAAGUCCUUUGCCAGUAAGGCGGUUCUGAAAAACUUUGGCUCCGUUCGCUGUGGUGCUUCGGCCUUAACCCUGACCGCUAUACCGUUCUCAGUGAACGCGUGAGUAGCCUCACGCUACGUCACACUUAUCUCGUGCUCUCUUGAGUUCCUUCUUUCCUGGGUGUUUUACUCUUGAUCCAGUUAUUGACUUUAAGCAUGUUAUGUAACUUUGACCGUUCAAUAUAUAUUCCCGAUCCAUACCGACCGCCAUAAAAAAUCGUACCUUCUACACUUCAGGAGAUCACUCGUUUUGUGAGUACUUUCAGUAUACCUGCGAUCCUACGCUGUCCGCGUUUCCUUCGUUUUCGUUCGCGGGCACUGGUAGGUCUCUCUUCCAGGCUCUCUGCGCGCCUUCCGACAAUUAGGGCCAGGCUUACCAAAGCGUUGGAGAGGGGGGCGGCGGAUUCCUGUUCCUUGCCCCUUUCUGACUGGAUGUCAGAAUUGCACCGACGUCUGGUCUUUGCGCCAUUUAAGCGCUUAGACGCAAACGCAGCGAAAGCAGAGGCCUGUAUCAUCCAAGCCUGGGCACCAGCCACCAACAUUGACCUUUCUACGGAUGAGUGUGAGUUGCUCCAGGCGGCUAUAAUAGCCUUUUUCUACUCUAGAAGCUUCAUAGGCAUUCGUUUUCAAUUAUUAGCUUUUCCGACACCUACUUCUUCUUAGUAUGUUGUCUGGAUGUCUUUUGACUACAAGGGCUGGAGAGGCCAGUCCAGUAAAGACAAGGGAGACUGGAACGGCCAUUUCUGGCUUAUUAGUUGUCGUCAGCCAGUCAUACCCAACCCCGGAGUGUAAAACACCUGGGACUCGCGACCUGUGAGUUAGAAGUCCACGCCUCUAACCACUGGGCCAUGAGCCCGUUGUCUUGUCGGUUUCAAUCGUGAAUAUGCAACCGUUGAAGGGCACUCCCUGAUCGUGUUUCGAAACUCAUUUGCCCCAUGUGCCCUAGGGCUCACUCUCGAGCCCAACCGGGCAAACACGUUCUUUGGGAAAAAUAGAGAACUUUAUGAGGUGCAUUUUCGACACUGGUUCCCGAGGUCGUUGUCAGACUUGAUUAAACUUGAGUAACCUGCUAAAACAAGUUAUGAGUGGCUCUGACUGUUAUAAUAACAAUCAUCCCCUCGGUCCCGCAACGGGGCCUGCAAACGAGCCUAAUGUUACAACCAUGUGAUAAGCUGAUUGCAUUCAUCGUGCAUCAGCUGUCGUCUUGUGGAUGACUUGAAUACGACAAUACUCCAUGUGACUGGAUAGUGUCUUGCAGUUUAUUGCUCCACUGAAAAGUGAAGCAGACACUGUGACUUGCGCAGCACCUACCGCGCUCUCUCCUCUUCACCCACCUGGACCCGGUGUCAAGACAGUGAAGAAGUCUGGAGGCGGGAGGGGAACUCACGGUCACAAAGUUAGUCGCCCACACCAGAAGCAAGACAAGCCGUGAAUCGAUUGAAGCCUAGGCCUACUACUCUUCCUCUUUUUAUGGAAAUCACCUUCGUCCCGUGUGCUUACUUUUAGACGAUGAGAAAUGUAGAAUAAAGUGGGCAUACAAAUACUGAUCUACUUCUCAUACGGCUAACGCUGUGCCUGUUCCUCCUAAAUUACAUACCAGCAGAAGCUAGACCGCGCCAAAUCUCCUUUUUAUACGCUCGAAAUUUAUAACGGUCACGCAUUGAUUGACCUUUUCGCAACUAUUUAUAGAACAUGUACAUAUGCUCGUUGGCGUUAUAACUGCAUGUUGGUUAAUGUCCUCUACUGCAGAAAUACUCACAACUGCGUACGUGUAGUCCAGCGCAGUUAUCAAUAUAGCAAAUCGCCCUGGAGGUAAGGGUACGGUCUACGCCCGGGGUCACUUACUUCGGGGAGCAAUUGUGCUAAAAGUAAAUGACUGACGAUAUUUAUUUGUAGGUGCCAGAGAAAGGAAUAAAAAGACCUCUCGGUGACUGCUGCGUUAGGUUAGUCAAGAAACUUUAAGGUAGUCAUCGCAGUAAGAAUACGACAAUGCCUCCAAAUGGGCAUUAAAUUCAUUUAUUAUUAUAAUUAAACGGUAAAAACUGCGUCCCUUUUGAUUGGUGACAGUAUAGAGGAUCAGAAUUUGUAAUACCAUAAAAUUCUUGAAUGUUCGGCCCUUUUCCUCAACACAAUUGCCCCCGGAAUAAGUGACCCCGAGCGUAAACUAUACCCUUGCCCGCCUUGACACCGUUGAUUUACGCUCAAAACCGUCGACUUUUUCGUUGGUAAACUAACUUUGUCACAUGUUAUGCGUUAGAAAUAAGACGUUUUGUGAAACCCGUCAAGCUAAUAUGUAAAAUGCGUAAUGUCCGAUAUGUUCCGAACUGAUUUCGGUCAUCACGUUUUAUGAGUUGGGUCAUCUGCUGUAUAUCCACUCUUUCCCAAUGUAGCUUCUUCGCUGGCCGCGCUUAAAGGUGUGCUAAUUGGAGCCCUACGCGAACCGUUCCGUGUGCAUUCCGGGGGCCAUCUUUCCUCCUUAGAGGGUGCCUUGGAUACAUGUACGCGGGAAUCUGUUGUUACCUGCCUGUCUACCCUUCACGCCUAUGAGAUUGAGACGGCCCUCGUCCUGAAUGAUGUGCUCUGUCGGGCAUAUUGCUGCCCACCCCUAGCACAACUAUUCCAAUCCUGUUUUUCGACCGGCAUCGAUCCGAGCCCUCUACAAACUGCUCAAUUCUCACAACUUGUCUACAUCGCACAACAGAAUCAACUGCCGUGGUGAGACCUUUUUCACAUUGCUUUUAUUUCGUGACGUUUUCCCCCUGAAAAGUGAGUUUGGUGUGCAGUCUCGUAUGAAACUAAAGAGCUGUUUACCCACACUCGCAAGAGACGUCUCCACUGCUUCCCAACUAGAGGGAAUCAAGCAGUCUCUAGUUUACUGUAAACAUGGUGUACGGAUGCUCUAGAUUUUCAUUUUUUUCUCUUACUAACCGUCUCUAAGUCUGGUAUGAGCCUUUUCGGCCACCAUCCUUUGCUUUGUCCAUUUACCUUUUCUACUUACCAUUCCUGUUCUUCUAGUCUUCAAGUUGAUGUCUUCGAUGCUAAGGAUUGUAUUUAUUUCUGAAUGUUUGGAAGGGAAUUCGUGUUCGGGUCAGCGUAUAGUUUAGGCGGAAUGGAGCCCAUCACAGUAUCAAAGUUACAAACGCAGAAGCAUACAAACCUUCCUCAAAGCAUAGGCUGUUGUGAUUAAAAUGUUGUUUUCUAACCGUUGAGCAGGUUAUGCAAAUUCUUCAGCACGUUCUUUCUGGCGAUAACAAGCGUUUCGUCGAUGUAACGCCGUUGUGCUGAUUGAAAGCUGUAGUACCGUAGUACCCCUUCUGUCGCUAAAGCAGGCAUCGGGGAGCCAACUGCAGUAUCACUGAUCUGCUCAUAGGUUUAUCCAGCAAAAUUCGACCAGGCUAAUGAGGUGGUUAAUUUUGAGCGGGCUGUGAUUUCUGUCGUUUGCCCCUUCAGGUAUGUUUCUAACGCAAAAUUCUGAUAGUCAAAUUUUCUAUAAGGAAAUUCAGUCUUGAGUAAAUUCACCUUGUCAAGUGAUAAAUGGGGCUGCCUUUUAGGGCAGUGAAACAUAAGGUCUGUGGAUUAUUGGCAGACCAUUGUUUGUUGUUUCAUUUAACGCCAUUCAUUUAAUCAUGUCUCUGUGCCGGAGUUGUUUAAGUAUUUAAUUUAACCGUUCAUUUUGCCCUACAUUCACCAGAAACUUUACAAAGUUCAGUGUCUUAAAGGACGUCUCAGUCACCUGGCGUUGGGUUGCUGUCGCACGUCGGCACAUUAAUUAGUUUCAUUAUACCUCGAGGUUCUUUAGUUGUAGCCUCUGUAGAGUCAUAUUUACUGCUUUUUCAUGGCAGGCUCAAAAAAUGUCUCGUUCUUUGUUAUCUAGCAGUGCCAUUGGCAAAUCCGGUCACGCAUGUCUCCGCCGAAUAUGUGCUGACCGCGCGUUAGUACAGUCCCUGUUCGAUGGCCUCACAAUCGCUGUCGCUGACGAAAACUUCAAUGUUUCUGUCCUCCUAUCUUUGUUUAUCAACUGCGAAGAAGUAUGCCGCCAGCGUCCGUUUGUGAGGGCCAAGGCACAGGUAAGACCUCGCUCAUGUUUCGUUCGUUGUUUUCUCCUUCUGUGCGACAUGUUUCGUAAAUCUUCGUGUUUGGAAUUAAUAUCUCUUGUAGACUGCAUCCAAAUUUUCCGCCAGAUCUCCACCAAUAACAACCCUUGAGGCGCUUUCAAGUACCUCGCUGGAGAACCUUAAACACAAACUGUUCCGUCGAUCGAGCUUCGACAUCGCUUAUCUCGUGAAGUGGAUGUUCGCCCACGAACUGGUUUUCGAUGAUUUUUUUGUCUACCUGAAGCCCCUUCUCCUCGAUGAGGUUUGUAUGCUCGCUCAUCGCCUUGUGCACAACUAACCUUUUCCUUUGAUUUUUGACGAAAAGAGUUUUGAUAUUUCAAAGUCUUGCCGAGCACCGAUGGACUUUCGACAUCCGCCUCGUAAGCAAAAAUGGUACUCUUCCAUCGUACUCGAUAAGGGCCGACACUACUUGAGUAGACUGGGGUGACCCCUUUGAUGGUUAGGCUUGCAUUCAAGCAGAAUUGCGCAUCAUCUAUCUCACUAUACCUGCAAUGUUACUGCUCGCACUUGGUACGGCUGUGAUUUUGCCUGACAUAACUGGCCUCGAUGACCUCGCAGACUAUAGUUCACCACGUGACGAAAUACAACAGCCUGUCUGCGUGUUCGAUUUAUUCCCUUCUCCUGAAACGAACACCGUGGACCGUGUAUAGGUAAUUCCAUUCAGCCUAUAUCAUGCGCCGCUGUGCGGCUGCUGGUUGGGCUCGAGUGAGAGAGCCCAUAAGGCACAACGGAACGAGUAAGUUCCGUAAGAACGGUCGGUGAGCGCCCUUCUACCACAUUCAGUACUCUUUAUUACAAUCAGUUUAUCCCAGCGAAUUUGAGCCCAUCGGCAUCCCAGCACCGCAAUCUCAGAAAUGCACCCGAGGCCGGCUUUCACCACGCCCAAAUACGACUUCAGUUGUCGGCUUGACGUCAUCGCCAGGCAAGGCCUGGUUUGGGAGGGAUAAUAUCCCAUGCGGAUUCGCCCACUGUUCGAAGUAUCACAUGACCAAAUCAUCUAGGUCGCUGUUUAUAGACCCUGUUUCGAACAGGCUAUGUAACCUUUUGUUACAUAGGCGAUCGGAAAGACUCAUUCGGUGAAGAGCACACAAGAACCAUCGAACUAGUACAUUUAAGCAGUGGCUACCUCCUAAAGCCACGGGUUAUCUCACAUGCGUGCAGACAGAUUGUCUUAAAAAAGGUUUCUUACAUGCAGUUUGCUCUUCAGGUCAAUAUUUUGCCGAUUUCGGCUAUUUCAACGGAUUAAAUCGAAGGUCUUGCGUGCCUUUUUGAUGUGAUGUUUGACUUUAUCCUUCCGUUGUCCAUCUAACAGACCUUCCUACUCAAGGUAGUAGAAAUCAUCCGCAAUAUCUAAAGUUUUGCUAACCAUCUUGACUGGACAGGUGUCUCCAACUGUGCAAGCAAAGGCGACCGUAAAUACGAUGCAUGUGGACCUUCUUACCUCGGUGGAACCGCGCGUUAUGCUCCCCUGUUGGGGUAGCUGGGAGAUGCCACAUCGAAGUCCAGAACAUAGCAAAUAUUUCGCUGCUUAUAUAUAUUACCGCUCUUGUUUACUCUCCUUUAUUUUCCACCGAGCUUUGCGUUCUCUUUUGUGCGUCUCAGGGUUAUUUAUGUCUGAAACAGCCAGAAUUUUUGGACGCAUAAUGUGUUUCCUUUGUCUGCUCGCAUGUGUGCAAUCAGAGAUGUCCGGCACAUUCCAAGGCGCCGCUUUAAAACCCUUACAAAUGUCGAAGUCAGUCGUACAACAGCACUCGCUGUAUCAACACUGUGUGGAAUCUAGAAGUUGCCCCUACCGAAACAACGAGCAGUCUGUGUUUGGCGGUACUAGUUAUUUCUUGCAUCACUUCCAUGUCUGUGUUGGAUGUGUCCUCUGUGCCUGACUGCCUUGAGGAAAUAGUGUAACUUAAUGCCAAUGUUGAUUGCUCCGAAUAGCAUGUAUGCGUCUUUCUUUGUCGUGCUCUUAUUCUGUCAUUUCUAAGGCGACACUGUAUGAACUUGCUCUGGGCGCGGAAAGAGCACCUUUUCGCUGCGUUAUUCUCUUUUCACUUCUCUAAUCCUCGUUAAUUCUUUUGCCACUCACCAUUGGCUUCCUUUUUACCCCUGCUCUCUAGACCCCCAUUCGGGGUUCUGCCUUGCCCUGGAUGCUUGCACUUAUAUUCCUUCACCUGAAGCAGCUCUCUGCAAAUGGUCGAGCUGGAAAACUGGUGACGGAGUCUCUGCAAAACUUCACUGCCUUCUUCAACGCUCUUCUCAUUGCGGGCACUCAUUCUGAGGACAGAAUUCUCUGGGACUUGGUGCUGCAGAGUUUGCACAAUCUACACCUCUUCAUCCAGUGGCUAAUUAGGAAUCAGUGAGUUUGCUGGCACACUCUCUCUCCUUCAGCCUCACUGCUGGUAGUCGUGUGUAUGGGGGCCAGUCCGUGUUUGGCGCGCGAGGACAGGUUGUUUGACCUUUCCAGGCACGGCUCCCGCACCCACCUCCGAUGGCCUUGUCCUUAUGCUGACAUCGGUGUAAGAUUGGUGAGGGAGGGGACUGUGGUUGAUGCUGCAUAAGUCAGCCCUCAAGCGCAAGUUACCUGUGCUGUGCCCACUAACUGGGGUACGUGGUUAACGUCAUUGUUUACGAUUACCGAACUGUCGUCGUAGUGGACACCGUUGGCGACUCACAGAGCACCUAGAGCAGUACAGCGGCUGUCCAGCUGAUCAGCACCGGCAAUCGACGCAAUCCUGACCGCAAUUUACAAAUACUACGACUCAUUACUCAGGGAAAGGUUCGCUGCACUGUUCGAUAAAAUAUGGCUACGAGGACGCAUUCCCAAUGACUUUGAGGAUGUCACCAUCUUGCGCAGGCGCAAAUGCAACUAACAACUCUAUAGUUACAACAGAAGUAUUUUCCUUCCAAGCAUUGCAGGCACAAUCUUUACCCGAGUUAUAGGGAGUCCUUUCAGAAACAUUGUGGAUUCAGAAAGCUCUGUGGAACGAUGGACAUGAUCUUUACGGCUAUCAACAAGUCCCUCACAUGAAAGCAACGCAGGUCCCGACCCCAGGCCCUCCCUGUAAAACGGAUACUUGGCGGCCACGCACCGGGCGUCGAAUCCAUUCCAGCUGAAUUCAAUAAACAGGGCGACUUUCAGAUCGUGGGUGGACUUGUUUUAGUGUUAAAGAUUUUGCGGCAAGGACAGAUAUUCCAGAGCUUCAAUGACGCUGUAGUCGUCCGCUUAUGCGAAUUGACGAAACCUCUGAAUUGUGGUCAGGAACUUCGGCGCUCGCCAAGUAUCCAGAGAGAUGUGGGCCAGCCUAUACGCCACUUUCGCAAGUCUGAUAAAGGCCUCCGACACAAGGACGGUAGACUCUGUAGGAUCGUGCCGGAUUUCGGAUGUUACGAGUGAUUCACACUAAUGCGAAAGGUACCUAUUGUGCGCGGCACGAACUGCAGUGCAGUCUGUAAGGCAUUGGCAGUGAUGAACGGGCUGAAGCAGGACUGCGCGCUCGCUGCCACCGUAGUUGGUCUCAUGUUCUCCACCAGUUUGAUGGGCGUCUACUGUGUAGAGCGACCAGGCAUCUCCACUGACUACCGAACCGACGGAAAACUUCUCAGCAUCCGUCGCAUGUAAGCAUCAUUGACGGCCUCCAAGGCCGGUGCACGCGACCUUUUGUUUGCGUAUGACAGCGCGCUAACCGCCACAACAGAAGAGGACAUGCAACUGAGUAUAGAUCUUUCCGCCCCCCGGCGGCUCUUCGACCUGAUCAUCAGCACGGACCAGACAGUUGUCAUGGGCCAACCGGCUCCAACUGUUGACUACGACGGAUCCAGGAUCAAUGUCAGUGAACGUUCUUUACGCCAAUGGACACAUUCGCAUUCUUUGAGAUUUUGAUUUCAUGAAACAUCUAGGUAAACCGGUGUUCAUAGACGGGGACAAACCGUCGUUAUAAGAACACCUUGGGGACCUGAAUCAACUGCCGGCAUAUUAAUUCUGAGAUCUGGAAAGAUUUCGCUUAAGGUCGGCAGACUUGGCUCACUGUCGUGAGGACUUGGAUAGCCAUCUUCUGGGCCUAUCGGAAGCCGCUCUGAAUGUAAAAUGCAAGACUCGAUACUAAAGCGUCGCGGAGUAGCAACAAAAGCACCUAACUUCCGCCAUCUUGUCCACACUGUCAACGUAUAUUCGGGAGGCGACCUCAGCUCGUCGAAGAUUCCCAGACCCGCUUCAACGCCGACACGCUCGAACCGCCUCGCCACCUCACAAAACACUACUUGCUACAUGCGGUGGCCUAUCGCGGCGCUUUGGGCGUCCCGACAUUAAUAUUGCCCAUCCAGCAUGAUAGCUCUGUCCUUGUUGCAAUGGUUUUUUUGCGAACGCGACCUCGUGGUAACCCCUUAGAUGUUACGCAGGAGUGACCAACGUCGGGUUUCAUUGUGAGGGAUCACGUGAAUGGCACAAGUGGAGAACGAAAAAUGCCUGUACAACCACUACGGCCAAGCCUAUUUUCACGUUCGCCAUGUCGUUAUAUCGCUGUGUCUUGCAAUUUUUCGUAGGUUAAUCUAGUCUCCAACCCAGUGCCUGGCCAUAGCUGAAUGUGGUACUGCCACCCGGCCCGCAACUACUCCUUCAUUCCUCCCGAGAGCCUGUCCGUUUCGUAAUUUGCCUUCGCUGGUAGCCUUUCCAUUAUUCCCUACCUGUGGACGCGCUGAGUAGUCUGUAUUUCGGCCAACAGACGGACUUCGCCCCCUUCCCCCUGGGUGCCCUUUAUGCCAUGUUUAAAAAAAUGAAUGUCUGUGGGAGCAUACGUGGGCAACAACUACCCUCUACAAAAAAUGACUACUUAUGUAGCAUGAAGUUUUCUCAUUGUUUUGCGAUGCCCCUAAAAGUCCAAUUAUAUUUUAUGGAAAACAUGCAAAAAAUAGUCAUUAUCUUGUUCAUUCGGUAGACAAUUACGUCUUCUUUCAAUCUUAUACUCGAAGAAAGGGUAUAAUUCGGUUUUCAAAAGCUUUUCCAAUUCCCGGAUAAUCUUGAAUCCGCUCAACCGUUACACUUAAAUUCAGGCUUUCCCAACUACAAGCCGUAUAUUUUCCGCGUACGCAAAACCACACAUUUCUCUAAGGUACUAAAGGGGACCAUAUAGGGUUCAUAAAAUUUAGCAGUGGAUUUGAUCCAUAUUGUUAACUUUGCAAGCCAAACUGGUAAAUGCAGAGACAUGACGAUUUAUGAACGGCCAUUUCACGGUAUUUAAGAGUCCCACAAUCAGAAACUUUUUAAAACCGAAUUGUGUCCCUCCGUCGAGCAUAAAAUUAGAAGAAGACGUAAUUAUCUACCGAAUGAGCAAAAGAAUGAAUAUUUUUUGCAUGUUUUCCGUAAAAUAUAAUUGGACUUUUAGUGACAUGGAAAAUCAUUGAGAAACUUGCGUGCUACUUAAGUAGUCAUUUUUACAGAGUGUAGUUUUUGCAUGCAGCCGGAAGGAAAUUCAUUCGAAAGCCGGCAUCCUGAAGUAACGGAAAUAUUAUAGAAUUAUGUUGCAGGCUGAUUAGUUUUACAACCCUACUUAAUUAAUUUGUUCGAAACGAAAACGCAUUUCGGAAUUUCGGUUGGCAUUUCAUGAGGUAGCCCACCUACUGUACUUCUGCGUUAUUUUUUGUCAUCGCGGCACCUCCGCGAAGGCUCUAAACUGCAGCUCUAGUUUAAAACGGAACAACCGUGUUCCGUCCUACAAUCGGGGGGUCACAUUCAUGGAUCAUUGGUUUAGUGUCCACACUUUCCCUUACCGCGUUGCAUUUUACCCAUUUUAGUGCUGGGCAGCGAUUUUCCUACGACAUUGACUGGCUAGACGCUGCCAGAGUCGCCUUGAAGAUUGGCAGUCCAGAUUAUGUGCGACUCCUCCUUGAAUUAAUGUGGAUCAACAAGUAAGUUUUUUUAUAUUCACCACCAUUUGCAGACAGAAAGCAACCUCGUUUACUACUUUUGCUGACCUGUUUCGUGGGCUCAUCUAACAUCCCAGUCAACAGUCCUUGAAACCACCUUGUAUCUGAAAAGAGUUAGACUUCCUUUGCAGCUAUUAGAAUGCAGUCGAUGGUCUAUUUUAUUAAUGGUUUGCAACAACUCAUUUCACGGCUAUAAUGAUAACACAACGAUAAUGAUUUACUAAUGCGACCUUUCAUGUUCUCUGCCAAAUAAAUCAAAGAGCACAAUAAGAAAUUUCCUUAGACCAGUAGUUGCAUCUGCUUUCCCUAAAAUGUCAAACCUUAUGUCGACGUGCUCCAAACCUACAAUAGGAUCUUGUCCCUUUGAAAUGUAUCGCUUAUAAUUGUGUAAUUAUUUUACCACACUAACAACACAGGUAUUAGCUAAAAGCCCAGACACGCGUGCCUCGCCGGUCUUGUGCCACUGCCUGACGCAGCUGUGAGGAGUUCAGCUCAUCAGUGGGUCCCCCAGCUUUCCCCCUGUGUUUUCUGGUAUAUGAACUCCAGUUUCAUUCUGUCUUGUUGAAUUUCCGAGGAAAUUAAUGCGCGAACUUGGAGUAAAUUCAUCGGACUAAACCUUUCCAAUCAUAUUCAUAUCAGCUUUCGGACCAUGCCUGAAAAGGUCCGUUGCGAAGAAUUUACUCCAAGUUCACGCAUUAAUUUCCUCGGAAACUAAACAAGGCAGAAUCCAUAAUCACUGUCCUUUGUAAGUUAAUACGGCGACCUCUCUGCUGCAUGUGAAAUCCGGGCACUUCACCUCCUUUGUGUGAAAUGCUAGUAAAUUGUGUGUGUGUGUGGGAUGCCAGGUCCUGUAUGUGACACUCGCAGACGAACUCCAGCUGUUAGCCACUGCGCCCCCAUCAAACAACUUACCAACUCAGACGGUGUACUGAUGACUGAGAGUAGGAAGAGAGAAUGAGGUCGACUGUCUCGGCGCAUAUUCUUCACUACAAAACAAACUGACACGUUUGAAUCUGUCACGGCACGCUGAAAGCCGUGUCUUGAAAGGUUGGCAACUGAUGGGAUAACUCGCAGUCAGCCCAGCUUAAUUGUGUGCAGUGACCGACUGAUGGACUGGGAGUCAGGCUGCAGUGGCUUCUUCCUAAUAUGGCCUCUAUAUCACGACCACCCAGUGGGACCCGAGCCGGUUUGGUGGCACACGCUAGGCGCCCUCUCUCGCCUCAAGUCUUCUUGACUCUGUCUUGACAUCGGGCCCAGGUGGGGGAGGAGUACGGUAGACGGAGCGCAAUUUAAACAGGUUGACGUGCGAGCCACCGUCCUUGAGUCGACCCUGCUUUAGAGCACAUGGUGGACAUCGUUGGCAACGACGAUCGACCUGUUGUUGCAGUAUUCGAAUUUACAAGUAGAAAAACGAGCUGGCAGCUUCUAUUCAGCAAGCGUGGAGUCCAUCGGUUGAGUCAGAAGUCUAAAGUCUGGUUAAUAACAGGGAUAAGCACUGUGUUGAGACCCUGAGGUGAAAUGGGGGCCACACAUUCUUCUAGACUCAAUGACACUAUGAUGCGAAUGACCGUUUAGUUACGUGACAGCCAUGGUCUCAUCAUUCUUAUUACCUGCUGCACAACUAUAAGGCCGCCUGUUCUUUUGACAGAAAAAAACCUGGGAUUCAAACCCGAAUUAUCCGAUCACUGAACGUUUCGAAGUCAAACGUUCACGGGCUCUUUAUCUUAUUCAUUGUGAUCGCGUAUUUAAACUAUGGUUGAAAGGGCGUUCACCAAUCGGGUUACGAGCGUGCUUAAAUUCGGGUUCAAAGGCCAGAUUAUUCGGGAUUGGUGUUAAAUAUAGCUGAUUAUAAGCCGGAAACUGCCAUCCCAGUCUCCUUCGUCUUUGUCGGUGUCCGUAUGCGAAUGCCUAUGAGGGCUCUCGGUUGGGUACCAGGGCGCAACGUGACGAGCAUAUCACUCAGUCUGUUCGGUGGACGACUUUCCUAUGAUAUGGUAGUUCGAUCGUCGCUUACGACGAUGUCCAUCGCGCGCCCCACAGCACAGUUGGCAUAAGACGGCGACUUGCGCUGCAGCUACCACACUCUCUCAGCCCACAUCCGCCGGACCCCCAUGCGCAGGUCUGUUAUAGUGAUGACAACGUCUUCUUCCAAUUUUAUACUCGAAGGAAGGAUAUAAUUCGGUUUUCAAAAACUUCAAAUUCCCGAAUAAUUUUGAACCCGCUCUGCCGUCCCACUUCCAUUCAGGGUUUCCAAACUGCAAGCCCUGCAUUUGGAGGAGACCAUAUGGGGUUCAUGAAAUUUAGCAUUAGAUUUGAUCCAUAUUGCUAACUUUACGAGUCACAUUGGUAAAUGCAUAGAUAUGACGUUUUAUGAACGGCCAUUUCAGGGUAUUAAAAAGUCUCACAUUUAGAAACUUGUUUAAAACCGAACGAUGUCCUUUCUUCGAGUAUGAAAUUGAAAAAAGACGUAAUUUUCUACUGAAUGAGCAAAAGAACGAAUAUUUUUGUGCAUGUUUUCCAUGAAAUAUGAUUGGACUUUUAGGGGCAUCGAAAAUUAAAGAGAAAAUGCAUUCUACUUAAGUAGCAAUUUUUUUACAGAGCAUAGUUUUCGUAUGCAGUCGGAAGGAAGUUCUUUCGAAAGCCGGCAUCCUGAGGUAACUGAAUUAUUAUAGGAUUAUACUGCAGGUGGAUUAGUUUUACAAUCCUACUUAAUUAAUCUUUUCGAAACGAAAACAGAUUUCGGAAUUUCAUUUGACAUUUCACGAGUUUGCUCACCAACUGUACAAGUCACCGUCCCUGCAUCCAUUCUGCCGUGGGACACGCGGUGGACAUCGUCGGGUUAAACGAUCUGACAUUUUGAUUUGAAAAAGGAGGUCUUUAGGCCUCUAAACAAUUCACACAUUCCCGUAUUAAAUCAGAAACAAUCGGCGGAGUUUACAAUUCACGCGCUGUGCGUUUCCCAUUUAAACCAUGUCCUGCAGUUUUUCAUGCCGUAUAAGAAGAGGCGGUCUAGUAUUCAAGACCUGUAACGGCUCAUGGUUCACUUUGUUUACUCCAAAAACGGCACUAUUAGAUGUGCAGGUACUGUACCACCUGGUAAGUCGUUUCAACGUUCCAAGCUCUCUCCACAUCUACAACCUUUUUAAGGCCGACAGAUGUCCAUCCCUCAGAUGAUGCCAUCUCGACGGUACUUAAUUUCCGGCAAGAUGAGUACAAAGCCUGAGUGUUCUGUGCAUGCUUUUUGCAAAGUAUGAAUGGAUUCACACUGAGGUGGAGAAGCAGCAGAGCUAUGUGCACCACUUGCGUUGAACUUUCCAGCCAGCGUAAUUUUCGACAGCUGGAAAAGUUUCUACCUAGAAGCCGGUAUUCUGGUUUAUAUGAAAUGACCUGGCACAAUGUUGUAUGACAAUCUAUAAUCAAUUGUGUAAUUCAUAUUGACCCAACUGUGAAAAACUCGGCGCCUCUGUGGGAUUCGAACCCACGCAAUAAGGGGAAGGCUUUAGUACAGCAAACGCUCUAACCACCUGAGCUACGAGGCCCCGCCGGACGACGCGAGUUUAAUCACAUUUGGGUCAAGUUGCCCGCCCAACCUACUGCAACGUCUGGAAUCCACCAAAUCUGAUACAGUAAGUUGACUGCCCAAGUAGGAUUUCCUAAGUAAUUCACCUAGAAUCCACCAGAUGACUACCAGGCUCGCGUAAUUCAUUGAUAUUUUGGCAGAUUUUGAUUAAUUCAUAUUGACCCAACUGUGAAAAACUCGGCGCCUCGGUGGGAUUCGAACCCACGCAGUAAUUAUUCAAAAUCUGCCAAAAUAUCAAUGAAUUGUGUAAUUGUUUGCCAUACUAACAAAACAGGUAUUAGCUAAAAGCCCAGACACGCGUGCCUCGCCGAUCUUGGGCCGCUGCCUGACGCAGCUGUGAGGAGUUCAGCUCAUCAGUGGGUCCCCCAGCUUUCCCCCUGUGUUUUCUGGUAUAUGAACUCCAGUUUCAACUGUCUUUGUUUAAGUUCCCCGAAACUUAAACAAGGCAUGUAUCGCUUAUGCUGUCUGCUUGUCAAACCUUAUGUCGACGUGCUCCAAACCUACAAUAGGAUCUUGUCCCUUUGAAAUGUAUCGCUUAUAAUUGUGUAAUUAUUUUACCGUACUAACAACACAGGUAUUAGCUAAAAGCCCAGACACGCGUGCCUCGCCGAUCUUGGGCCACUGCCUGACGCAGCUGUGAGGGGUUCAGCUCAUCAGUGGGUCCCCCAGCUUUCCCCCUGUGUUUUCUGGUAUAUGAACUCCAGUUUCAACUGCCUUUGUUUAAGUUCCCCGGAACUUAAACAAGGCAUGUAUCGCUUAUGCUGUCUGCUUGCAAGUUCCCCUCUUCGCCCACUAAGGCAACUACGUUAGCGACCUACUUUUGUUUCCUAGGCCGGAAAUAUUCUAUGAGAGGACCGAUGUUCAUCGCGUGUGGAUUGAUCUUUGUCGUGUUCAACGCGACGUUCCAGGACUGAAGGCUGUCUACACUGCCAUUAAGGGUGUUCAAGUCGACUUACCUAUGGCGCCUUUCGCAGAUGGCGAUCUCAGCGACCUUAUGCGGUUAGUUGUUUACUUCUUGUCGCGUAUCUCGCACGGUCCGAUAGGAACUCUUCUGAAUGUGUGGUAGCGUAUUUGGCUCGUAGUUUUCGUAAAACUGAACUACCCGGUCAUUAUCAUUUUACUCAACUAUGCCAACUUUUCUGUACGCAAAUUUGAUGAUCACCUUUAUGGACUUCUGUAGGUUCUCUAUAAAUGAGACUGAACGGAAUAAUCCGUGGCUCCUCUCCUGGUACGAUCAUCGAGUCUCGACCUCGGGGCAAGGUUCCUCGUCCGCCGCUGAAGUUUCUUUGGCCAUCCAACUGCAUGAACUCGGGGGCGAUAAUGCUUUCUGUCGCUACUCACAGGGGCUUCCAGGUUGGUGGGGUCUCUGGUUUAUUGUUCGGAAUUAUUUGCUACCGGACGCCCCACUCCCACUGUCGCCUCCUUGGACUCUGCUUCUUCAUCUCCCCCUGCGUUUGCAUUACUUGCCGACAUAAUUAUUCACUACCUCCGUUCGGCCCUGUAAAGUGUGCCGACCGGUUGAGGAAGCGUUGAGAACUUUUGGGGUUUUCCUUUUACUCUGUAGUCAUUUGCAAGGACUCGCACCAUACUGAUACGGCUGUCUAGAAAACGCCUCCCUUUUUCCGGCCAGAUCGAAUACGUAACUCGGUGUGGGGCUGACAUUAUUUACAUUGCUAGCCGCUCAAGUAGCUCAGCGGUUGAAGGGUUACUUUACAGUACCACCAAUAUUCAAAUCCUGGGCUUUUUCUGGAUAGACGAAAUUUGACCGGUUAGGCACAACAAUUAUUAGCCUGCUUCUUUAUCUGAAUUCAUCUAAUAGAGCGCUAGAUCUUUUUACUUUCACUUAAUUCCUUCAUUCACAUACGUCAAACACCUUUAUUCACUCUGCACUGGGCACAUGAAGCACUAAGAAGUCUUGAGUUUCACUGUCUUCUUAUUGCAUUGCACCUUUGUUUUUUUACUCCCCCCCCCCUCCCCCCAUAGAUCUUCUCUCCCCAGAGGAUUCUGAGGCUCUCCUCCAGGCCAGAUCCAACGUCGCCUGGCGCCUUGGCCAGUGGCAACUGCCUGAAGGGAUUAAUACGGGAAGCCAAUCUUGCCUCGACGUCAGCUCUUCGAAGUUCAACUUGCUACCCUUCGCAUUUACUGAAAAACGUCUUGCCGGCGUCAAGACCUCGAAUGAACCUCUGUUUGAUCAUCUUAUUUUCCUUCUCCGGAAUUCCGUUGCUCGUGGAGAUUGGGAACAGGUCUCCAAUCUUCUGGAGGCAGAGAGGUAAAGCUGGCUGCUCGCUGACUGUCUCCAUGUGCAAGUGGCUUUAAGUGUGGAGGCCAUACUAAACUAUUUUUUUCGGUUCACCAUUAAGUUUACGCUGUGCGUCAUUUCCAGUAUGAAGUGCCAUAGUUCGGUUUGAUGUCCUUGUCGGAUAGUGUAUGAUGAGGAAAAUUCUGUUUCAUAACAACAUCAACCAAAUUCUCAAAGUUAACUAUUGGCAUGGACGAAAAACGUCAACUACUUCUCCUUGCAAAGUCACUAUUGUAGGAAUUUAGUGUUUUGUACAUUACUUCUCACAUAGUCUAGCGCAAAGCAGAAACUGCAACUAGAAUUUUCGUCAAAGCGUUUAAGUCGUGUGCCGCAUUUCAGAAAUUCUCAAAUGUCAAAUGUAUUCAGUAGAAUCUCAGUAAGAUUUUUGAACCCACACCCAUUUAAACAUUUCGCACGUCUUUCGGACACGCGUGUUUUAGUAUGCAGGGAUCGGGUUUGCCACGAAUCAAAUUAAUUCCUCUGACGUGUCAUCCAAAUAAUUGAUAAAUUCAAUCAAUUCAUCCCUCGCGCCUGUCGUGUGAUUUUGAAGAGCAUUGUCAGCCCGUCAGAACUAGUUCCUUCAUAAUGUAACUGUCCUUUUAGUCACUCCUUCGGACUUCACUGUUUCCUGCCCCUUUAGACUACCAAAGUUUAAUAGCCUGACUUUUAUCUGAUUCUCUCGUGCAAAUCUCCCAUCUGGCACCUUGUCUUUCAAGUCAGCUGCCGUCCUUAAUCUCUAACAAUUCUUCUUCGCUCCAAUUUAAGAGACACGCUAAUUCGUUACUUCUCAUCAACCGGCCAGUCGCUGGACAUGUCUUCCUGCGACUUCAACUCGUUUGGCGCACAGCUGAAUCUACUUUCUGCUUGGCGCACCACGGCCAAAGUUCUCAGUGACGCCCAGUCUUAUUCCUUGUCCAACCUUGCCGCCGGCGGCGGUCUCAUCUUGCUCGAGGCAGCUAAUUCGACCGCUGCCGCGAUCGCAAGUGACUUUCAAGACCUCCGUCGCACCCGGAGCAGUCUCUCCCUUCUAGAGGCUUCCCUGCGUCUGGGACACUUACUCCUAGAAGACAAAAAUCCCUGUCCUGGUAACUCGCAGUUGCCCAUGUUGGUUCUCAGUCAGCUUUCUCGGCUGGCUCUGGUUGAGGCUGUGGUGGACACGGAACACUCGUGCAACCUGCUCUACGCCAGCCAAUUGUUGAAUUCCUGUCCGACGACGCCACUCUCAACUCCUGAUCCUCCCUCGCCGCUUGACUUAAGGCACGUUCUGCUGCGUGGCCUUGUCUGCGCCAAGAUGGAUCGCGCGCGUGGAGAGGUUGCGUUCGCCAACACCCAGCUCUGUACCGUUCUUUCUCACCUGUCAAACGUAAGAGUAGCUUGCGAUUAUGGUUUCUUCUUCUGUCUGUUGUAGGUUCAUACGUUUUAAUAUGAUUGAUCAAUGUUGAACUGUUAGCAGCCUCGUAAAUAACUUUUCUGACUGUUAUGCACUGUCCACUGCGUCUGUGAUGCUGUGUAAUCUCCCCCUAGCCCUUGCAUUGCGGUCGGUUGGGCUCGUGACAUUGUAGUCAUGUCUGUAACCGGAAAACCUUAUCUCCAGUCAAGCAGGUCAUCGUUUCAUUGGCUCGCCCGCUUAUUCAGAUCAAACGUUUACCUGCUUACCAUCGUCAGCACGCUGUUUAAUUGAGCCCUUGAUUGUCACCAAUCAGAAUGGAUGUGGGCAAAGCUGAAAAGGUCGCCUCAUUUUUGGCAGACCGCUUACUGAUCCGGAGUUUAAUUAAAUGGUCUGUUUCGGCCUGUAGUUGAUAUGACAUGGUACAAGAACUAAUGGAAGUGACGGUCGAGUGUCAUCUGGGGGAAUAGGCUCUUGCCUGAGGGAAGGGGCCGGUAGCAGCAGCUUUGAUUAUCUACUUUUCGCCCACUGGGCCAAACCAAGAAGGUCACUCUGGGCAGGAAAUUAGUACUAGCCCACAUAAUUGCCCUACUGGGACAAACGCAAAACUAACAGCCCAGCCCCAGUUCCGACUAGUUGAUGAAAGUAGACGUGCAGAAAGUUUAAGGUCGCACGCGUAGGACAGCAACGCAAACUGCCAGAAAAAUGUGGUCUGAUCGGAAAAUGCUAGGGGCAUCCCAGAAAUGGGGAGCGAGAAGGGAGGCUAUCAGGUGUUGAGGCAGCCGCAGUCAAUGGCUCUCCAUUGUUCACAGUACCAAGAAGGCAUUUUGCUUUUCUGUCGUUCGUAAUCGCUCAGGAGGGUUGCACGGUGCAUCCACAUUUUGGCCAUUCAAGCCCUUCUCUUUGGUGACUCUGCUAUGCCUUUGCCGUCUUUCCUGAAUUCCUGACUGUUCCGCCCUGAAAGGGCGGAUUUCGGGGUUUAAUGUAAUUUUUUAGAAUUUCGCAAUUUAUAAGUGUGUUGCUUCUUAAUUUCCUUAGAAAUUUACGGUGAACUUGGAGUAGAUCAGUAUAUUUAAGGUCUAUAAGCUCAGACAAAAGUUUUCGUAUAUGCAUAUUUGGGCCGAAGUCCAUCAGCCACAGCAGAUAACCUCGUAAUAUUCAUUAACUGCCGACAAGCAGUUAGUAGUAUGCUUUAAUGUAAGGUGUUUCCAUACCAACAGUACAGGUAGUAGCCAAGAGCCCAUAAACGCGUGGUUUGCCGAUAUUCUACCGCUACAUGAGACAGUUACGAGGGGUCCGGCUCGUCAAUGGGUCUCCCAGCACUCCCUGUCGGCUUUCUCUUUGCAUGAAAAUUUACUACUUACACAAUCUAAUACUUUUUACUGAAUUUUACUACACAGUCAUUUUGUUUAUUUAAACGCUAUACUCGAUAUACUUCAUUCCGUUUGGUGUUUAUUCACUAACUCCUAUUGCAUUUGCAUGUUUCGUUGUAGAUAAUUCAGAAGGAGAAGAACGACGUAAUCAAGUCGCACAGUGAACCCUUUCGCCUGCUUCUCGAAACUUUCUUGUCUACAUCAGUCUCACUCUGCCAUUGGUUGGCAGAUUCGCGCACAAAGGGUUGGGCCGACCUUAUCUCCCAGCACCUCAAACCAGUUACUCACUUUCUCAUUUGUCAUGUCUUCCUUCACCCAUGUGGCCUCAUUAAAGAAAGCCUAGCGGCUUUGAACCUCUUUCGAUGCUUUUAAUUGCUCUGUUUUUUCAAUGCAGGCCCUUGAAUUGGUUGAUGGGUGGUCAGCCUCUUCGGACGGCCAUACUGCACUCUACAGCACUGCUGAUGCUCUGGCCACGCUAGCGGACUUUGCGGACGCCCAGUUUAAAUCUCUCACUGCCUACCUCAAAUCACCCGAAUUUGCCGCACGUCGCGAGCUGUUGGCCUCCGCCGACACAGAAACUGCCUACCUCUCUGAGGUCGACAAAAAGAGGUGUGCUAUUCACCGGGCUGUUUUAACUUCCGCUGCGUAGUCUAUGUUCGCUUGACCAAUGCCGUCCGCUUUGUUCUUUAGCCGGUAUUUUCGUAAUCUCCAGCGACAGUCGACGCUGGAGGCUGUUGAACUGGAUAAUCUCUUUACGGGUAUGCACUCGUACUUCUCCACUGCUCUUCUCUCCUACGGUCGGUGUCUGGCACUCAGUGACCGACACAAUCUGAAAGUAAGCUCUCAUUGUUUUGUUUCAAAACUUGUUACUUAAUAAUUCCCAGUGUGGCGUUUUUAUCGUUAAGUCUACCACUGCCUCCUGAGCUACCUUUUGCAACUACCGAGCCACUCAUAUUCGCAUCCGUUAACUAUUAUCGGCAAAGUAAACGAUCUUGUGAAGUGACCGUCACCUGUAUGUCUGAUUCUGCAGCGACUAACAACAUUGCCACAUGAGACUGCACUCUACAAUACCCCUUUCCUUUGCUUUGUGCAGGUUUAUAGGUUCGUGUCUCUUUGGUUGAGUUCGUUUACCCAAUCCAUUCUGCCUGGGUUCACGGAGUCAGAAGAGGCUGCAGCCGUCCCUUCUCUACGCUGGCUGUCGGAAUUCGAGGGACAUCUCAUGAAUGUCCGUCCGAGCAAGUUUCUCCCGUUAUUUCCUCAGCUACUCGCUCAUCUUACUUCCCCGAUCUCGUAUGAUCACGAAGAGCAGGCUGCACGAAAAUCUCACGCACUGCUUAGGAAGGUAAGCCUGCCUCAUCUUUGUGUAGGGCUUGAUGAUUUUUUAGUACACUUUAGACUUGCUGCCGAGCAUGUCAAAGCAGUCUGAGUUGAGUGGAAAUUGGUCACUGUCACAUUUUAUUCUCUUGGCCAUCUUUUAUUUUUACUCCUUAUUUUUAGCUUGUCUGACAACGAUAGCGGUCAAAAGAUGACAUACCGGUAGCAUAUUCAACCCAACUCUAAUAUUUGAAUAAGGCCGGAUAACACGCUAACAAAUCAAUCGUACGCUUUAACUCUUGACACGAUUUCAGCGAUCUUUUUCCCUUCGUAGUCACCACGCUCUUACUUCGACUGUCGGCAAUUGUUGCCGAGCACUCUAGAGCCUAUUUAUAGCCACGAAUUUGAAACUACCACGCGUCGUUUUACAUCUAGGCCUUUUACUGCUUUACAGUUUAUGAUCGUGGACUGUUUUCCUUUGGAAGUAUGGUGUUACUUAAGCUUUCCUUUCCUAUCCCCGUGGCUUUCUUUUAAAGACAGGAGAUUUGUGUUUCAAUACUUUUGACUGUGGACAGAGCAUCUCGCACUAUCUCAUCUGGACAUUCGAACUCGCAUAGAAAAUUCCGAAGACCAGCAAGGGCAGGAUUAAUUGUUUUUUACCAAGACUGGAUUUGGACAACUAUGCGUUGCCUUCCCUCUCGCAUCUAUCUUCGUUCGCAUAGACUGCCCGGGCCUAAACUUUUUUUAAUGUAUUUUUUGACCAAGUUCUCUUUUUGUUUGGAGGAGAAUUAUUCUUGACGACCCCAGAAUAUGUAUAUAUGUCUCGUUCACAGAGGUUCUUUGAUUUAAUCGUCUCCCAUUAGUAUGAAACAGAUUUAAUGACUGGUCAUUAAAAGCAGGACGUAGUCUUUCACCACCAAGGUAUGCUUAAGUUAAGCUAAAGGUUUGAGCCUCCUUGAUUGUUAAUCUUCCCGCUGACGCCCUUGUAAGGUAGCAUCUUCGGCCUUGAGUAGGACUAUAUCUUAUUUCUUCCUUCCGCCUCUUUCGCCCACAGCUCGUCGUCCGACUGAUGCUGGGCCACCCGCACCACACAGGCUAUUCGCUCCUCUCUCUCGUAAACGCCGACCUUGAUGAAAUCCCCACUUCUGAGGCGCCUGCACCACGCACUUCAUCUCGUCCUAAGAGGCCGAAGCUGAAUUCGGUACUCCCGUUUGCUUUUUUUCCAGUUUUUGGUUUCUGCGCAGGCCAUUCACUUGUCGGGCGCACUACCCUUCUGUGAACCACAGUGGUUAAGUACUGUCACGUGUUUAUGAACUACCAGCUCAAAGCGACUUUGUCCUACUAAUAAGAAAUCGGUCCCGCAACAUUACUCGUUUUUCUACUCCCUCUGGCCGGUUAUCCCUCCGUUUUAUUCGGUUCUAUAAACAGCGUACGUACUGUUUACUGGACAGCUAAGCAUGUAAACGUUCUAAGAGGAAAUAUUUUACAGGGGCGGCUGUUUUAUGAUAUACAUGGUAGGACCUGCCUAUCGCGUCGUAUUUGUAGGCCAAUGUUCCUGUGAUAGGUUGAUGCCUGUCGCAUUAUUCAUUUUUGUUUUUUUGCCCUUCCCCUAUAACAAUGCCCCCAUAAAUCGCAUACUAAUCUGACUGUCCGCUCCAGCCUUUUUGCCAACUGAAGCGAUUGGUGGCGUAAGACAAUUCAGGGUAAUUAGGGAGGGACGACGAUGCAUUGGUCGAUAACCCCUCAAGGCAUAACUUGCCGACCUGAGUGCUAUCAAAGGGCGUACACCGGAAAAUGGUGUGGUCUUUGAGUACAUGAAAUUGCAAAGUAUCGUGGACUGGAUCGUCAUACCACUAACCUACUGAGUUAUCGCUGUCUUGUAGCAGCUAACAUUCUGUCGUGUACUUAGGUCCGAAAUUUUUGAAAUUUUGCGCUUUCGACAAUACCCCUUCUAAGCUGUCAUGGGUGGCGAGACUUGUGAAGAACUCGCUAAAUUUCUAGGUCAUGUCUUAAGUUGGGAAGAAUUACUUAGAUAAGGUUGCAAUACCGUUUCGCAUGUCGCAUACUUCCAAGGUAUUUCAUACACAAAAGAAUGUUGACUUUUGACGUAUCAUCUUCCCGGUCGGUUGCGAUAAUCGCGUCCGCUGAAAAAAACUCAACUUUAGUAUUGCCCCUUUAUCCCGUUAGCCUUCAAUGUCUGUGUGGAUUCACUUUUAUUUUGCCGAACGCAUAUGUAGAAAUGUCUCUUCCUGCACUCUUUCUGUGUGUGUCCUUUUAGGCACUCUACAGAAUAAAGUCCCCUUCGGUUUUAAUAGACCCUGUCGGUCUCUGCUGUACUUCAAACCUUAUCGAAAUGCACGCCACAUGCUUUCAAUUUAGGCAAAAUAAAGCAUUUCAUGCCAUAUGCAUAAGGCUCAUUAAAUUUUGGAAAACACACGUACGACCUUUUGAAAUCCAAAGGCGGUUUUAACAAACUUUAAAUGUCCCCCACCCCCAGUACCCAACUCCUUUUUACUCUCCACCGAACUUCAUAGUUCUCUUUGGAUUUUGCUUUCAUGUUGAGCUCUGGUAAACCUGUUUCCCAGAUUCCGGCCCGAACAGUCCUCCGUAGUUAAGCUCAACCACGAUUCAUUCUGCCCUUUUGAAGUUUAUGUUCUGAUACACCGUGUAUCCGUACUCCACAUCUCGGUGUUUACCCAAUUAACUCACUCGGGCCGCUCAUUUUCAAUGCUAGCCUACAAGGUAGAACACAAAAAACCACGCAUUUAUGAUUGCAUUUGCAGAUAUUUCGACUCAGUUGAUUUGGUCGCCCUCCUAAAGUUUCACGCCAUCAUGUUUUGCUAAUCAGAUCUCAGACAUUCACAGGGUCUUCUUUAAUCCCCGUUUGUGUCUCAUCUGCUUGUUUUGCCCACCCUCUCUUUUCUAGCCACCGACGCCCCUUGUUGUGACUGAAAAGGAUACCCGACAGAGGAUUGCUGCUGAGCUAUUUUCGGAGCUGUGUCAUUCGCAGAGGGGCCCUCUCUUCCUACAGAUGAAAAAGCUGGCCGUGGCUCUUAUCGAAUUCGCCAAUGUGGACGUUGAGAAACAACGUGGCAGCACAGGCAUGUCCAAAUACUGCCUUUAG